CGUGGGAACGGGACGCGCCGGAUGGCGGCGGAGGCGGCUCUGGGCUGAUUCCCCCUCCGGAGCAGAAAGAGGAGCGCCAUGGCCAAGAACAAGGUGGGCGGCGGGAGGGAUGAAUGGGUUGGUGCUGGGGGGGGGGGGACCGCUAGGUGGGGAGGUGGACACUGGGUGGGAGGGAGCAUUAAGGUGGGGAGGGGAGUAGAUGGUUAGGGUACCUCCAUAUGGUCUUGUGACAUUUCCAAGGAAGUAACUUUCACGUUUAGGUAUGCGCCCUCCAGCUUUGCACAGGUGUAAAUCGGGACAUGAUUCUGACACCCCAGCUGUCGCGUGUAAGAGGAUAUUGUAGAGCCCAGCGCUUUGCUGUAGGCUCUCCUCCUGCACGAUUAAAGGUAAAGGUAAAGGGACCCCUGACCAUUAGGUCCAGUCGUGGCCGACUCUGGGGUUGCGGUGCUCAUCUUGCUUUAUUGGCCGAGGGAGCCGGCGUACAGCUUCCGGGUCAUGUGGCCAGCAUGACUAAGCCGCUUGUGGCGAACCAGAGCAGCGCACGGAAACGCCGUUUACCUUCCUGCCGGAGAGGUACCUAUUUAUCUACUUGCACUUUGACGUGCUUUCGAAUGGCUAGGUUGGCAGGAGCAGGGGCCGAGCAACGGGAGCUCACCCCGUCGCGGGGAUUCAAACCCCCGACCUUCUGAUCGGCAAGUCCUAGGCUCUGCAAUACCCUUUAGUCUAAGGUUACCAGAUGUCCAUGUUUCCCGUGCACAGUCCCCGUAUUUACAGCUUUCUUAGCAUUCACAUGUACACAGCAAACAAUAAGUGUCCCCGGAUUCAUUGAAAAAAAUCUGGUAACCUUACUUUAGUCCACUUCUUUAACAGCUACACGAGAAAAACCUACUGGGAAAAGCAGGGGUGGCCUACAAUAUCCCAUAAUAAUGUGUUCUCAGGGGUUCUCAGAGAAUAUGCCUUGGCAGUAGCUGUAGUAUCCAAAACAGCAGGCAGCCUGCUGCGUGGCGCCUUCUUAGCAUCAAAUCAGACAAGCCAUGGGAGGCCGGCGGUCAGGACCUCCUGCAGUUUUUCUUAAAAUAUUAAUGGCAGCCACCGAGAGCGGAGGGUGGGGGGGCGAGUGGGCGAGGAGCCAUGGUUCUCCUAUGCUCUUUUCUCAGCUCAGAUUACACUACCACCCCCAACCUGCUGUUUCCCCCAAAAUAUUCCUGCAAGUUUCCCCCCCGCAGGCCAGACAGCAUAUCUGAAGGAGGAGGGUAGUUUGCAAACGGAAAAUGGUUUAGUGGGGAAAGUUGAAUCCCUCUUUCACCAGCAUUGUGGCUCUGGGGUCCCUUCCAGCUCUUGUUGUUGUUGUUUAGUCGUGUCCGACUCUUCGUGACCCCCUGGACCAGAGCACACCAGGCACUCCUAUCUUCCACUGCCUCCCGCAGUUUGGUCAGACUCAUGUUUGUAGCUUCGAGGACACUGUCCAACCAUCUCGUCCUCUGUCGUCCCCGUCUCCUUGUGCCCUCCAUCUUUCCCAAGAUUAGGGUCUUUUCCAGGGAGUCUUCACUUCUCAUGAGGUGGCCAAAGUAUUGGAGCCUCAGCUUCAGGAUCUGUCCUUCCAGUGAGCACUCAGGGCUGAUUUCCUUCAGAAUGGAUAGGUUUGAUCUUCUUGCAGUCCAUGGGACUCUCAAGAGUCUCCUCCAGCACCAUAAUUCAAAAGCAUCCAUUCUUCAGCGAUCAGCCUUCUUUAUGGUCCAGCUCUCAUUUCCAUACAUCACUACUGGGAAAACCAUAGCUUUUACUAUAUGGACCUUUGUCGGCAAGGUGAUGUCUCUGCUUUUUAGGAUGCUGUCUUAGUUUGUCAUUGCCUUUCUCCCAAGAAGCAGGCGUCUUUUAAUUUCGCGACUGCUGUCACCAACUGCAGUGAUCAUGGAGCCCAGGAAAGUAAAAUUUCCCACUGCUUCCCUUUCUUCCCCUUCUAUUUGCCAGGAGGCGAUGGAACCAGUGGCCAUCAUCUUCGUUUUUUUGAUGUUGAGCUUCAGACCAUUUUGCGCUCUCCUCUUUCACCCUCAUUAAGAGAUUCUUUAAUUCCUCCUCACUUUCUGCCAUCAAGGUUGUGUCAUCUGCAUAUCUGAGGUUGUUGAUAUUUCUUCCGGCAAUCUUAAUUCCGGCUCGGGAUUCAUCCAGCCUAGCCUUUCGCAUGAUGAAUUCUGCAUAUAAGUUAAAUAAGCAGGGAGACAAUAUACAGCCUUGUCAUACUACUUUCCCAAUUUUGAACCAAUCAGUUGUUCCAUAUCCAGUUCUAACUGUAGCUUCUUGUCCCACAUAGAGAUUUCUCUGGAGACAGAUGAGGUGAUCAGCUCUAACAAUCUCUGAUUCUAUGAUCCAUACGAUCCCCAUGGCUUCUGUUAAUACUGUAUUUCAAAACUUGUGGCAGUGAAGAGCAAAGACUUUCUGUGUCUGGUUUGGCCCUUAAUUGUUCAUGUGCAGCCAUUGACCUUCGCCUAGAGCCAAGAUUUAGCGCACUCUGUGAUUUCGCCACCGGAGACCCUGGGGAGAGAGCUUAACCCUGCAACAUGGCAGCAGCUCUUAGCGACUUGCGCAAAGAAAUUUUUACCAUGGCAUCCCACCCACCCUAAAAAAAAGGGGCAGUGCUUUGACCAGGAACUGUCGCUGGUAAACAAGGACAGCUGGGGCGUCUGUGGAUGUCACCCGUCUCAUUGCAUCUUUUUUGUCAGCCUCAGAAUUAUUCAGUACAAUAUUUCAAACUGCUGCCCAUAUGAGCAAACAAACACUGAGUGGGUGUCUGUGACAAUCACGUCUCCUUCAGCAGUCUCAAUUGCAGCGAAUGCGCGAUCUGGCAGAGAAAGAGGUAUCAUAUGUUCCCCAACCACAGAGUAUCGCAGCUUCAGUGCUUGGAGAAUGUGGUAUCGUCAGCACAACGAAAACAUUAGCAGGAGGGAAGAGAAGUAUGGGCUGUGCAUGACAAACAGGAAGACAAAUACGUGUUCAGAAUGUGAUCUUAGAGAUGCGCUCAGUUGCCUUGAUGCGAUGCGAUGGCCUGCCCCACAUGCCAGUCAAGGCAAUCAGCUGCCCGACAACUCAAGGAUUCCUCUUCUUCUUUGGCGAUCACUCAUAGCCAAAUAAGAUUGUCUUCCAUGAACAUGGUCUUAACAGUGUGUCCGUAAGUGACUGUGGAGGCCAAUUCUAGAUCCACAUGUCCUUCCACAGUGGGGACAUUGGUUUCCGAGUGGAAGUUGAUUAUGGUGAGGGUUUGCCAAACAUGCCUUCCUCUUAGCAUGUUCCUCCCUUUUGUCCUGAGUUCAAGUGUCUUCACAAUCCAUGACACCUGUGGUAAAGGCUGUUCUCCAACUGGAGCGCUCGCAGGCCAGUGUUUCCCAGUUGUCGGUGUUCAUACUACAUUUUUAAAGAUUUGCCUAGAGACAGUCUUUAAACCUCUUUUGUUGAUCACUGGCAUUAUGCUUUCCAUUUUUAAGUUCGGAAUAGAGUAGUUGCUUUGGAAGACGAUCAUCAGGCAUCCACACAACAUGACCAGUCCAACAAAGUUGAUAUUGAAGAAUCAUUGCUUUGACACUGGUGAUCUUUGCUUCUUCCAGUACACUGGCAUUAGUUUGCCUGUCUUCCCAAGUGAUGUGUAAAAUUUUUCGGAGACACCGUUGAUGGAAUCUUUCAAGGCAUACCUGGGAGCUGGCUUGCUACCUUGUGAUCCAGACGCCUUGCAGUCACUGGGAGUAGCACCCUGUUCCUUCUUCCCAGACGAGACGUUGACUGCUCAGACCAUUAAGCAGCCCAUGCUAGCACUGGGGGCAAGCAUUGGGUGCUUAUUGUGCAAAAGUGGUCCUGCAAAAAGACUCCUGUUGAUGUUCAUGGCACACAAUAGUUGCGGUUCCUGCUAUUAAAAUGACUGUGUCUUGUUCAGCUCUGCUGGAGCGGAAUAUCCCUGUUCUUAAGGACAAAACAAGGGCCUGGUAAAAUUACGUGUGUGCCAAGGGCAGAAUGUAGAGAUGGCGGGACUUCCCCCUUUUUCUUAUUUCUCCUUGGCAUGUCUCGUCUAGUAUCCCAUACCCCCACAGUGGCCAAACCGAUGCCUUAUGGGAAUCCCACAGGCCAGGGCCUCGCCCACUAUUGUGCCACAGUAACUGGUACUCAAAGAAGGUGUGGUGCCUCUGAUUCUGGAGGUAUCAUAAAGGCGUCAUUUUAUUGGCAUAGAUAGACCAAACCGUGCUGAUCAGAAGGUCAGCAGUUCGAAUCCCCACAACGGGGUAAGCUCCCGUUGCUCGGCCCCAGCUCCUGCCCACUUAGCAGUUCGAAAGCACGUCAAAGUGCAAGUAGAUAAAUAGGUACCGCUCCAGCGGGAAGGUCAACGGUGUUUCCGUGCAUUGCUCUGCUUCACCAGAAGUGGCUUAGUCAUGCUGGCCACAUGAUCUGGAAGCUGUCUGCGGACAGAUGCCAGCUCCCUUGGCCAGUAAAGCGAGAUGAGCGCCGCAACCCAAGAGUCGUCCGCGACUGGACCUAAAGGUCAGGGGUCCCUUUACCUUUACCUUUAGCUAAUUGGUAAAUUAACUGAUUAAAGUUAUUAACUGCUUUUUUUGAGGCCAUCCAAAUGAAGAUAGCAAUACAGUGGUGCCUCGCAAGACGAAAUUAAUCCGUUCCGCGAGAGUCUUCGUCUAGCGGUUUUUUCGUCUUGCGAAGCAACCCUAUUAGCGGCUUAACGGAUUAGCGCUAUUAGCGGUUUAGCGGCUAUUAAAGGCUUAAAGGCUUAGGGGAUUAGCUGCUAAAAGGCUAUUAAAGGCUAUUAAAGGCUUAGCAGAUUAGAUAAAGGGGGGGGGAGCGAAAAAAAAAUCUCUAGACUCGCAAGACAUUUUCGUCUUGCGAAGCAAGCCCAUAGGGAAAUUCGUCCUGCGAAGCAACUCAAAAACGGAAAACCCUUUCGUCUAGCGGGUUUUCCGUCUUGCGAGGCAUUCGUCUUGCGGGGCACCACUGUAUGUACAUCGUAAUUUACAAUUUAUUGUAAAACAAUUUAUCCCUUCACUCCAAGUCUCCACCCUACCCACAACACCAUUUUAUCUUCCACAAGGGAGGGAGAGAGAAAAGCAAAAACAAGCCGUGAGUUGUUUUGCAAGAAUUUGCAGCCGGGCUUGCCAGACCCCUGGCUUCUUUUGGAAGGAUAGAGAAAGUGUAAAAUAUUGUAUCACUAGUAUACUUUUUUUUAUAGACUGAGUGAUAUAAGAGGCAGAGCCAAAUAGAAUAUUUCAAAUUUCUGGGUCACGGAAUCACGUUUUUAGGAACUAGCAUCUCAUUUUUAGUCGUCAGUUCCUCGUAGAAUGGAAGAAAAAAAUAUUUCUGAUGUCUUGCAUUAUAUUUGAUAGUACCUCAUCAUAACAGAGGAGUGUUGUGGGUUUUUUUAGGAUACUCAUUAUUUCACAUUCCAAUUUAAUUUGCUUUUCUUUUUAUCUCAUUGCAGAACGUAAACUACAAAGGGCCUUACGGUUACCAAAAACUGAAAGAACGGUGAGUGGUUGGUUCUCCCCCUCUCCCACAUCUGAGCAAAUCAUUUAAAAAUCAUUUCCUCUUUCUGUGUGAAUGGGGGGUGGGGGGGCUGGUGUAUUUUUAUGGACUCUCUACUGUAAUGGGCAGAGUGCUGGGAGUUGCAUUCCAAACAGAAACCGGCGUUAAGAUUUUUCCAUCGCUUUGAAAAGCCGAAAUGUGUGGUGGGGUGAUUUUUAGGCACUUCUCCACAAUGGAGGAUGGAUGGCAGCUAAUGGAUUGAGGUUGAAUCCUGACAAGACAGAAGUACUGUUCUUGGGGGGCAGGUGUGGGGGACUCCGUGGUCCUGAAUGGGGUCACUGUGCCCCUGAAGGACCAGGUGCGCAGCCUGGGAGUCAUUUCGGACUCACAGCCGUCCAUGGAGGCGCCAUCUGGUACGCAGGAUGAGACCCUCCCUGCCCGCUGUCUGUCUCGCCAGAGUAAUACAUGCUCUAGUUAUCUCUCGCUUGGACUACAGUGGUACCUUGGGUUACAUACGCUUCAGGUUACAGACUCCGCUAAUCCAGAAAUAGUACCUCGGGUUAAGAACUUUGCUUCAGGAUGAGAACAGAAAUCGUGCUCCAGUGGCGCGGCGGCAGCAGGAGGCCCCAUUAGCUAAAGUGGUGCUUGAGGUUAAGAACAGUUUCAGAUUAAGAACGGACCUCUGGAACAAAUUAAGUACUUAACCUGAGGUACCACUGUACUGCAAUGCGCUCUAUGUGGGGCUACCUUUGAAGGUGACCCGGAAACUGUAAACUAAUCCAGAAUGCAGCAGCUAGACUGGUGACUGGGAGCGGCCACCGAGACCACAUAACGCCAGUCCUGAAAGACCUACAUUGGCUCCCAGUACAUUUCCGAGCACAAUUCAAAGUGAUUGUGUUGACCUUUAAAGCCCUAAAUGGCCUCGGUCCUGUAUACCUGAAGGAGCUUUUCCACCCCCAUCAUCCAGCCCGGACACUGAGGUCCAGCGCCAAGGGCCGUUUGGCGGUUCCCUCCCUGAGAGAAGUGAGGUUACAGGAAACCAGGCAGAGGGCCUUCUCGGCAGUGGCACCUGCCCUGUGGAACGCCCUCCCACCAGAUGUCAAGGCAAUAAACAACUAUUUUACUUUUAAAAGACCACUGAAGGCGGCCCUGUUUAGGGAAGUUUUUAAUGUCUGAUGUUGUAUUGUUUUUAAUAUUUAGUUGGAAGCCGCCCAGAGUGGCUGGGGAAACCCAGCUAGAUGGGUGGGGUAUAAAUAAUAAAUUAUUAUUAUAUUAUGUCAGGUAUUUCUCAGGUGUAAACAGCAAACUCGUCUGCAGCAAACUCUGCUAAAGUUAUAAUCCCACAAAACUACGACUUGCCUAUCUUGCCUGUGGAGAAUCACUGUGUCAUCUGAUAUGUUCGCCCACAACUUAACACUGGCGACGAGGAUGGGAUCCGAACCCGCACGCGUGGGUUCGGAUCCCAUCCUCGUCGCCAGUGUUAAGUUGUGGGCGAACAUAUCAGACGACACAGUGAUUCUUCCAAAGCAGCUCUUUAUUUGUAAGCUGGAACAGAACUGAGCUGAGGGGCUCAGUCAGCCUGCUUAUAUAGAGCUCCAGAACAAUGUAACUGUUGCCAUUUUCUAAAACUAUCCAAUCACUGAACGUCACUUUCGAUCCUUCAUUUGCAUACAAACUAUCCAAUCACUGAACGUCACUUUCGAUCCUUCAUUUGCAUACAAACUAUCCAAUCACUGAACGUCACUUUCGAUCCUUCAUUUGCAUAGCUAUCUACAGUAUCCCCCUGCUGGCCCAGGGUGAGAACUUCAGUACAUAACAAUCUCUAUGUUAGCCAGAAGGUUGGUGGUUCGAGGCCACUCAGGGACAGCUGUGGACAGGAUUCCUGCAUUGCAGGGGGUUGGAAUGGAUGACCUUUGGGGUCUCUUUCAGCUCUACAAUUCUAUGAUUCCAUCUUCCUGCGCACACAGUGGAGGCUGGUUCACUGGGGCGAAGGGGGCCCUGCCCCACCAACCUCGGCCUGCUCUCAGCCAGCUCCUACCUGCCUGAUUUCUGUCAGAAUCUCCAUUCAACCGAGCUACUGCUCCGGUCGAGUCUUCAAAAUCCAUCAGGCUCUCCUCCUCGGACGUGUGAUUAAUGACCUAAGCCUUUGAUGAGGCUUUAGGCACGUUCCCAUUACGCAGAGUAUCCAAGCAGCAGAAGGAGAUGGAAAUAUGUGCUACAUUGCUAAGUUUGUUCUAACUACGCAGGACAGAAAAGAAUAUGCAUCUGCUCUCUGUGAGAGUCAAUGAACAACACUGGAACAAAGAGACAGGAAAUCAGUAACAUCAACAUCUGUCUCCCAUCUCCCGUGAGACUUCCAACAGUCUGGAAUGUAAACAGAGUCUUGUGAUUCCAAGUACUGCACAGUGGCAUAACAGAAACCUAACACUUUCUUCUUACUUACAUCUAAUUCCAGGGAGCUGUCAGCUUCCUCCUAUUUAGUCUCCGCUUUGUCUUUGUAGAAGUCAACGGGGAGGAGGACGGGAACGAAACCAGAAUUAGUUGGUUCUUCCUCUCGUUGGCUCUGGCGCCACCUACUCUUGGCCUCCUUGCCUUCUGCCCUACCAGUCCCAAGGCGCACCAGUUGCCACUGUGUACGUGUCAGGGAACUGCCAUCAGUGCCGGAGGGAGAGAGCAAGAUCCAGAGGGAUUCCAGAGAGCGUCCCGGGAUUGGGAGAGGCAGCCCAUCUUCUGGGGAAGAGAAUCAGCGUAGCACCAGUGGAGAAGGGGGGCAGAUGGGGGAAGCGGCGAGGCGGUCCCAUGACUCCUUGCUGGGGACCAGCGGGGAGAGUAGGGGUCCUCCACUGCCUACGCCCUCCUUGCGCAGAAGGCUUUCGCGCAGAGAGAGUAGGAGGAGACUAGGCGCCAAAGAGCUUCUUUGCUGGAAGAAGUUUAAGAAACGCCCACUGACGGAUUCUGCCAGCGAUUGAGACAGCCACGGGUGAGUGGCUGUCCGGACAGAAAAGGUUCACUCAGGCAACCCAGCCAGGUGUAUGCACCGGCUUACGCACGAGCAACCCCUUGAACCACUACAGUACGCAAACCUAUCCUGGCAAGUUGUGUUACCUAAAAUGGGGACAAAAACAAAACAAAACUGAAGACAGUUUUCACGCGCCAACCGGACGUACUGACAAGUCUGGCAGUAAAAGGAAGGACAUCUGUCAACAGAAAUGCUGUGGAAGGCCGGCAGAUAAUGAAAAACAGGGGAUAGGAAUCUGCCUUAAACCAAGUCCGGCCAUUGCUGCCUCUUGAUUAGCGCUGCCUACUUGCCAUUCAUGGCCUCAAACCCAGGCAGCUGGAAUCUGCAUUGAAAUGCGUUUCAGGUAGGCGGCGUAUAAUUUGAGCUGGGACUCCUCCAAACAUUCCCCAUAUGACGAGGCUCAGUCGUCUCGCAUUAUUUUGAUAACAAUUGUGAAAGUCCCUUCUGCCAGGGAUGGUUUGUCAUGUUCAAAAUGAAAGGAUGGUUAAGCAAAUGGAAGGAGAUGCCUUAUAAUUAGCAGAUAUUGCCUGGAUCCAAAGAGCUUCUCUGUUCCCACGGCUGUGGCGAUCAUCAAAUCUUCUCACUUUUUUCGAGACAGUAAAAGGUAAAGGUAAAGGGACCCCUGACCAUUAGGUCCAGUCGUGGCCGACUCUGGGGUUGCAGCGCUCAUCUCACUUUAUUGGCCGAGGGAGCUGGUGUACAGCUUCCGGGUCAUGUCGCCAGCAUGACUAAGCCGCUUCUGGCGAACCAGAGCAGCGCACGGAAAUGCCGUUUACCUUCCCACUAGAGCGGUACCUAUUUAUCUACUUGCACUUUGAUGUGCUUUCGAACUGCUAGGUUGGCAGGAGCUGGGACUGAGCAAUGGGAGCUCACCCUGUUGUGGGGAUUCGAACCGCCGACCUUCUGAUCGGCAAGCCCUAGGCUCAGUGGUAUAACCCACAGCGCCACCCCGUCCCUUUUUCGAGACAGAGAGGCGACUUAAAAGCAGGGGUCAGGGUGGGGGCUUUGCAAUUCACUGCCCCACCUGAAGGAAUGUCCAGUCUCUCGGCUGUGUGGCUGCUUUGGCUCCUGAGCCUAGUGCUUUACCAACUGCACUGGCUAUCGGUGGAGUACAGGGUCAGGUUUAAGGUGCUGGUUUUGACCUUUAAAGCCCUGUGCAGCCUAGGACCCUCGUACCUACGGGACCGCCUCUCCUGGUAUGCCCCGCGGAGCACUUUAAGGUCCACAAAGGACAACACUUUGGAGGUCCCAAGUCGCAAGGUGGUCAGAUUGGUCUCAACUAGGACCAGGGCCUUUUCAGUACUGGCCCCGACUUGGUGGAACACUCUGUCACAAGAGACUAGGGCCCUGCGGGACCUGACAUCUUUCCGCAGGGCCUGCAAGACAGAGCUGUUCCGCCUGGCCUUUGGUUUGGACUCAGUCUGACCCUUAUGUUUCCCUCCCCUUCUGGUUUUGAUCUAUGGGCUACUUUUAAAAUGAGGCUGCAUUUUAAAUUGCAUUUUAACCUGUAUUUUAAAUUGGGUCCUGCCCCCCCCCCCAUUAUGUUUUUACUGUGAUUUUAUUGGUGUUAGCCGCCCUGAGCCUGGCUCUGGCCGGGUAUAAAUAAAAUUUAUUAUUAUUAUUAUUAUUAUUAUUAUUAUUAUUAUUAUUAUAUCACACAAGCCCUUUUUCUGCCACAUGGAGUGGAAAACUCACCUUUCCUAUUUCCAUUUGGGUCUCAUGUGCCUUGCAAACAAACCACAAAGGUGUGACAGAGUAAGUUCAGGAUGGUGUCUGAGAAAUGAGAAGAACCAGCAAAAGAAGAAUGGAUACAGAAACUUAUGGAAUAUCAUCAUCAUCAUUUUAUAUGUAUGCCGCCUUUCCGUUGUUGAAGCUAUGCUCAAGGCGGCUUACAACAUGACAAGAUUUACAUAACUGCAAACAUAACAGAAAUCAUAAACUAUAAAUAAAACACAACAAAACGUACACAACCAAAUGGAAACAAUUUCCACGUAAAUCAUAAUAAUCAUAAUAUCUGUUAUGUACUGAGUUGAAUAGGAUCCAAAAGGCAGCAGUCUGAUUGGUCCUAGAACAAUUGGAUUCAGAUUGCAGCAGUAUGAUUGGUCCUAGAACAAUAGUGUCCAGAAUGCAGCAGUCUGAUUGGUCCACAGGAGCCACCCAAUCCAGCUCCAGGUGGAAGUGAAUCCACAACCUGAUUGGCCUACAGGUGAAUCCCGGAAUUAGCCAAUCACGUGGGGCCCAUUGUGUAAAUAAUGUAUAUAAAGCAGACAUUCUGGGGGAACUUCCAUUCCUCCUCACCACUAUGAGCUGAAUAAAGAGCAUGAAAUCCACUCUCGACUAUAUUUCAGCAUCAAUAACAGCAAUAGCUCUCUCAAUCUCCUUCAGCCCAAGAAUCUGUUCAACAGCCUCAGCUUUUGUAGCUGGAGUCAGUCAGAAUAUGCAGAAAUGGUGAAACUUACCAGAAAAAUAAGAAAUAAAGAUAACAAACUUUUUGUAAAAGAAUGGAAACGGUUUAUUGAAUAUUUACAAACAAACUGUAAACAGAUAAGGACAUUGGCAGGAUUAUUGUAACGACCUGCAGUUUCAUAAGAGCAUAUGUUUAAAGCAGAUGAAUAAAAGAAUAAGUUAGGUUAAUUUGUAAAAAAAUUAAUUUAAGGGACCACAGAAAGAGGAGGAAGGAAGUCGAGUUUUGAUAUGUUAGAAUGACUGUAAAACUAUUGAAAACCGUGAGUAAAAAUUAAAAGAAAUAAAUAAAAAUAAAUGAGAAGCGGUGCAUAAACAAUACAUGGCAGGCUUUUGUAGGAGUCCAAUAAUUCUUUGGCGGAAGUUCUGUGACAGGUAAAUUGCUAUUGCUACAGGCUAGUAGUGUGUUUUAUUUAUUUAUUUAUUUAUUUAUUUAUUUAUUUAUUUCAUGGCAUUUAUAUACUGCUUAAUAGUCAUGGAACCACUAAGCAACUUACGAAACAAAACUGACUUAGAAGUGCCUUUACAGUUCUGCUGCAGCUGCAUAGCUUAGACUUAGAAAGCCCAUGACCCUCAUCCAUCGUGGCCAAGCUGACAGGGGCUGAUGGGAGAUGUAGUCCAAAAAAUCUGCCGCGCUCCAGGCUGGGGAAGGCUGCUCUAAGGUCUGGAGAGUGAGCGUUUUGCAUCUUCCUCCCUGCCAGAGCCACCACCGCCCUUUAAACGCAUCUUAAUUGCAUUUGUUGUGUAAUUUGCUAGGUUAGAGAGAGAGAGAGAGAUUAACAGAUGAUUUAUUUGCAAUGCAAUGCACCGCUGCCCUGGAGCUGGGUCAAGACAGUAACUAGAACUGUUAAUAGGUUGUAUGAAUACGCCCACAAUAUAUAUACACAAAAAGAAAACUAUAGCUUAAACUUUAAAAUGCCAGCAGAUUUUAUUAUAGCAUAAUGUUUUAUUGAAUUGAAUGCAUUUCAAUUAAUUGAUUGUGAUUUUAUGUAAACUGUGUUACUUUUAUUGUUGUUAGCUGCUCUGAGCCCGGCUUCAGCUGGGGAGGGUGGGAUAUAAAUACAAUUUUAUUAUUAUCAUCAUCAUCAUCAUCAUCAUCAUCAUCAUCAUCUAACGGGAUCCAUGUGUCUUGCUUAUACACAGAGAACCCCGAGCUUGCAUCCGGUUCAAGUGUGCCCUUACAAACACCAUUUUAGACGUCCUUCGACAGCGACCAGGAUGGGUUGAAGUGAAAGAGUAAGGCUUGCGGUUUUCUUCUUAAGGGCAUGAUGGGUGGCAAAAGGUCUGCAGGGCAGGAGGAAGCAGGUCUUCCAGGACUCCACUAUUUGUUGUUGUCGUUUAGUCGUGUCUGACUCUUCGUGCCCCCUGGACCGGAGCUCGCCAGGCACUCCUGUCUUCCACUGCCUCCCGCAGUUUGGUCAAACUCAUGCUGGUAGCUUCGAGAACACUGUCCCACCACCUCGUCCUCCGUCCUCCCUUUCUCCUUGUGCCCUCCAUCUUUCCCAACAUCAGCUGCAAAUAAAACGUUUUAAGUGGGUUGUAAUGCGCAUUAUUCAAACGUUACACUAGAUGGCGACGGUGAGCUAUGGUAAAUUCAAUAUAUUUUUCAAAACAUUUUUUUUAAAGCAUUUUUACAACUUUUUUUAAAUAUGUGUGUUGAUUUCACCCCAGCCAAAAUGAAGCUUCCUCCUCUUUUUUGUGUGCUGGGGGAAAAAUGGAUUCUGAAAUUCCUACCAGGGAUAGCUUUCAGGAAGGAGAUUGCACACACACACAGUUUUCAGACAUUUGCACAUGCUCAGAGAACAAUGCACACAGUCAGCACUAAACAAAAGAGUCCUAGUUCACUGGGAUUCUCUCAUCGCUCCCAGCAGCCUAUUCUUCAGGCUUCAGUCCCAGAGAAAUACAUUGUCUUCUCUGCACACUGUUACUAAGGGCAGGGAGCGCAACCACCUCUGGGCUCAUGUAGAGAUUUGAGUCCGUGGAAGGAAGAAAUGGGAAUGAUGGGGAUCCCAAAUUGUGGAGUUUGUAGUUAAUGUUGCUUCCUCUGUCUGCCUGCUGCAGCUUAGAGGUCAGAGAGUGGGACAGAUUCAUUCUGUAUUGUCCAUCAAAGCAGCUGCAGGUGAUCAUCCUAUAUGGAUGUUUGCAAGGGGUUUAUAUUCCCAACAGUGCCGGAUUUACGUAUAAGCUAAACAAGCUAUAGCUUAGGGCCCACUCUCUUAAAGGUAAAGGUAAAGGGGCCUCUGACCAUUAGGUCCAGUCGCGGACGACUCUGGGGUUGCGGCGCUCACCUCGCUUUAUUGGCCGAGGGAGCCGGCGUACAGCUUCCGGGUCAUGUGGCCAGCAUGACUAAGCCGCUUCUGGUGAACCAGAGCAGCGCACGGAAACACCGUUUACCUUCCCGCCAGAGCAGUACCUAUUGAUCUACUUGCACUUUGACGUGCUUUUGAACUGCUAGGUUGGCAGGAGCAGGGACCGAGCAAUGGGAGCUCACCCCGUCAUGGGGAUUCGAACUGCCGACCUUCUGAUUGGCAAGUCCUAGGCUCUGUGGUUUAACCCACAGCGCCACCCGUGUCCCUUCCCCACUCUCUUGGGGGCCCCCUCAAAAAAUUAAAGGAAAAAAACCCUGGAUGUACAUUUCCAAAAUAUAAGAUAAAAACGAAGCAAAAUAAAACCUACAUACAGUGGUACCUCAGGUUACAUACACUUCAUGUUACAUAUGCUUCAGGUUACAGACUCCGCUAACCCAGAAAUAGUGCUUCAGGUUAAGAACUUUGCUUCAGGAUGAGAACAGAAAUUGUGCUCCAGACGGUGCAGCGGCAGCAGGAGGCCCCAUUAACUAAAGGGCUUCUGUUAAGAACAGUAAUAGGAUAAGAACGGACCUGCAGAACGAAAAAAGAAAUUAAACCGAGGUACCACUGUACAGCAACAGAGGUUUGUGUUGUGUAGGCUCCUAGGAUGUAAGUCAUGGGCUCCGCCUGCUAGCCUGCUCCCUAAACUAUCACUGGUUUGCUCCUUUCUAUUUAUAGGGUGCCUACAUUCUGCAUGGACUGGUUGCAGGGCAACAUGUGCAAAUCGCUUUAGAUACCUGUUAGGUCCAUCAGUUACCAUAAAGCAGGGGUGAACGUUUUUAGGAUUGAACUUAUUGAGCUCUUUUUAAGGAUUGAACUUGUUGAGCUUUUUUAAGGAUUUGACCCCAAUAAAUAAACUGCCCCAAAAUGGACUUUGGACAUACCUGCCAUAUGGCAUAUAUUCCACAAAGGACAGCUGGGCAUAUAGAGGGCCCCAUUACGUUUGGUGGCUUAGGCCAGGGGUCAGCAAACUUUUUCAGCAGGGGGCCGGUCCACUGUCCCUCAGACCAUGUGGGGGACCUGAUUAUAUGGCGGUGGGGGGGAGAACGAAUUCCUAUGCCCCACAGACAACCCAGAGAUGCAUUUUAAAUAAAAGGACACAUUCUACCUCAUGUAAAAACACAUUGAUUCCUGGACUGUCCACAGGCCAGAUUUAGAAGGCGAUUGGGCCGGCUCCAGCUCCCGGGCCUUAGUUUGCCUACCCAUGGCUUAGGGCCUCAUCAAACCUAAAUCCAGCCCUGAUUUCCAGCAAGGCAAGGGCUUCUUUUUUCAAGCCUCUGUGUUCCCCAUAUUUUCCCCCAAAGCCCCACAUUCAAAGCUGCAUCUCCUUUCCUCACUAAACACACCCUAUUUCUCCUCAAGUCCUGGAUAUAAAUGCAAACACGCUUCUCUCUUCCCGCUCUCUGGCCGUUCCCAAACAUCAGUCGCUAGCCAUAUUCUUCUCCAGUCCCAGGAUCCCUGUUUACUCCUCGGAAAUGAAAAAUGUGUGGGAUCCAUUCAGGCUGGAGAUCAUACAUGCCUGAGCAGAGAUGCCUCCCUAAGCGCAGAUAAAUGGAUGUCUUUGUGCUGCGUACGCUUGCUGUAUUUACAUUUCCAGAAUGGAGUCCUGGAACAGCCGUGUAAAGAGGGACUUUCAUUUCCCUAGCAAAUGAUCCUUUCUGCAGAACUACUUAAAAUCAAACCACCUGUGAUUGGGUGGUGGGUGAAGAGAUCUGUGGCCAUUUCCUUCUUUAAAAAGAGAAACUAUGGUGGAAUCUACACACGUAAAAAAACCACACGCUGUGAAAACGCUUUUAUAAUACAGUCAUACCUCGGGUUGAAUACGCUUCGAGUUGAGCGCGUUCGAGUUGCGCUUCUCGGCAACCCGGAAGUAGCGGAGUGCGUUCCUCCGGGUUUCGCUGCUUGCGCAUGCGCAGACGCUCAAAAUGACGUCACACGCAUGCGCAGAAGUGGCGAAAAGCGACGUAAGCGUGCGCAGACGUGCCGUUGCUACUUACGUUUACUUCUAGAUGCGAACGGGGCUCAGGAACGGAUUGCGUUCAUAUCUAGAGGUACCACUGUAAAUGUUUUGAAAAAUAUAUUGAAUUUGCCGUAGUUCACCAUCGCCAUCUAGUGUCACAUUUGCAUAUUGCACUUUACAACACACUUAAAACGUUUUAUUUGCAGGUGUAUAGAAAACUUGCAGAGUCGGCACAGCAGAGGAACACCCUUUUCCUAGAUGUAAUUUCCGCAAUGAUGAUUUCAACUAUUGCUGCUCGUUACUAUUAUUAUUUCAUCCCCUUCUGCACACACGAUCUGCUUGCUUAAUUAUGUGGAGACCCUGAUUCUGGCGUUGUUGGGGUCUGGGGUUUGAAUGAUGGGGUGUAAAGGUUCUCAGUGGGUAGAUGGGUCGACCUUUUUUCUACCCACACCUGUUGAGAGUGUUGGGAUGCUGCUGGGAGUCUGGGGCAAUUGGCAGGCCCCCAGCUGGCUCCUGCCACCAGCUGGUACCUGGGCGAGCCUUCUAGACUUGGCCGGGAUGAUCAGCUUCACAUACCUCUGUCUCUGCCAGGAUCUUGCAGCAGCCUUACACUUCUGUAAGCGCCAUGGAUCUGGGCCCGAAACCCUGUUGUUGGGAUGCUGCCAGGGGCAAUUGGCCGGCCCCCAGCUGGCUCCAGCCACCAGCCGGUAGCCGGGCGAUACUCCAGUUCUCAGAACAGCAUCAAAACUGCGACUCAAGCCUCAGUUUCCUUUAGAGACUCUGAGCACGCAAACCAGCAGAAAUAAGACCUCUUUUGCAGCAGAAGAGGCAGACAGAGAAAUGUGUAAGCAAAAUGUACAGCAUUUUAUUCAGCAUAGUUCAGGAACAAAGGAAAACAUGUCUGCUUCCCUUCGUCUCCAGCAAAACAGCAGCAAUGCAAAAGCUAUAUCCAAACGGAAGUUCCCAGCAGACUGUGCUGGAAGUAAACAGGCAUGUGACACACAACAGUCAUGCCUGUACCCUUUUAAGGUGGAAAGAAACUAUAUCCUAACAGAGAGUGGGUUUUCUGUUUUUGCAGGGGACCAUUUCCUGUUGGUCUUUGAGGCGUUAAAAGUCACCCCUGAGGUCCACAGAUCCCCUCAAAGCCCUCCCAUUGAUUUCUAGUGCUGCUCUCCCUGUUAAUCCUAUGCUGCAUAUUGCAUUGACAUUUUUUGGUUAUUUAUUUGAAAUAUUUAUACCCCGCUCUUUAGUGGGAAAGGCUCCCCCAGCAACUUAACAAUCAUCCGUAAUAAGAUAGUUCCCUGCCCUCAGGCAUACAAUCUAAAAAUACACGACACAUGAGGAAAAGCAGAGGAGAGGGGGAAAAGCAAGCUCAGGCAUCAGUUCUUCAAAGUUAUAGUUCUUAUAAAAUGAGAUGAGAAUUGGCAAAGCUUUUGCUAAAAUUGUUCCUGUCAGUGAGAUGUCCCCUAAGAACAAUCUUCAGAGGGCCAUUCCAUAAUAUGCUUUUGCUGCCAGUUAAAAAUGAAGAGAGAGGCUCAACCAGAGCUGCUUGGAUGUGCUUUUUCUGGGCAGGAAGAUGAGAAGUUUUCUGGGACUCCUUGUUUCCAUUGUAAUUCCUGGGAGAUGAAGCAGUGCGGAAUAUCAGAAACGCAACAUGUUACCUGAUAGCCGCCUCAUUUGGCAGUCAAGGAAGCCACGUCGAGUCUUUAUUUAACAUAUAUUAAAAGGGCUCCGGUUGCACCUUUAAGUCUUAACUGAAAUGGUUUUGUUCCAAGAGCAGCCGAUAGGCUCUCAUGUGACAGUUUGCAAUAAACACACUGGCAUAAAAUGCCUCUUUAUUCAUAGUUCUGGAAAACUGAUAUGCUCAGAUGAAAGCAGUUCUGGGAGCAACAUAUGCUCUUAAAUUAAAGGCCCGGGAUGUUUAUGGCGUUUUAAGCCAGCCAGUUAACGGAUCCAUAAAAGCCGUGCAGCGAAGGAGUGAGAGGGACCUUGAUGUGCUGUUUUUGUGCCCAACUCGAUGUUGUUUGACCUUUUCCCGACAGCGAAGGGGAGUGGGACUUCUACUGGUGCGACGUCCGCUGGCUCCAGGAGAACUUUGACCACACUUAUAUGGAUGAACAUGUGCGCAUCAGCCACUUCCGCAAUCACUACGAGGUGAGAGGAACCUGGUGCCUUGGUGCCAGCCGGGUCACACUAGAACGGAGUACGGCUGGGCGAUACCCGGUUUUCAACAUCGCAAUAUAUCACCAGCUAAACAUUGCGAUAUACAUCGUGAAAUAAGGAUGGACUAUGCAAAGGCUAAAGGGACGUGGGUGGCGCUGUGGGUUAAACCACAGAGCCUAGGACUUGCUGAUCAGAAGGUCGGCGGUUCGAAUCCCCGCGACGGGGUGAGCUCCCGUUGCUCGGUCCCUGCUCCUGCCCACCUAGCAGUUCAAAAGCACGUCAAAGUGCAAGUGGAUCAAUAGGUACCGCUCCGGCGGGAAGGUAAACGGCGUUUCCGUGCACUCCUCUGGUUCGCCAGAAGCGGCUUAGUCAUGCUGGCCACGUGACCCGGAAGCUGUACGCCGGCUCCCUCAGCCAGUAAAGCGAGAUGAGCACCGCAACCCCAGAGUCGGCCACGACUGGACCUCAUGGUCAGGGGUCCCUUUACCUUUACCUUUAUGCAAAUGCUGGCUUCACGGUUUCCCCCACAUUGUGAUUUUUUUGCAUAGCACACAUGGACCACAAUCCACAAUAUAUCGCCAGGUAAAAAGCUAUGAAACCGAUAUCACAAUACGGACUUCAAACCGGUUUGGGUUGGUGUAUUGAUAUAUCACCCAGCCCUGGUCUGAAUUGAAAGCAACUUGGAUAACAUGGUCCUCCAUGGAAUCACCAGGUUUGCGGCUCUGCUCACAACCUCGGCUCUCAACAGAAUUAAAAGCACAAUAAACCAUCAAACAUUAAAAUAUUCCCUGUACAGGGCUGCCUUCAGAUGUCUUCUAAAAGUCAGAUAGUUGUUUAUUUCCUUGACAUCUGAUGGGAGGGCGUUCCACAGGGUGGGUGCCACCACCAAGAAGGCCCUUUGCCAUGAGUUUGGCCUUCACAGUUGUAGAGAUGGGGGCAGCAGUGGGGGUACCUACGGGACCGCCUCUCCUGGUAUGCCCCAUGGAGGACCUUAAGGUCUACAAAUAACAACACUUUGGAGGUCCCAGGUCGCAAGGUGGUUUGAUUGGUUUCAACUAGGGCCAGGGCCUUUUCAGUACUGGCCCCAACGUGGUGGAACGCUCUGUCACAAGAGACUAGGGCCCUGCGGGACCUGACAUCUUUCCGCAGGGCCUGCAAGACAGAACUGUUCCGCCUGGCCUUUGGUUUGGACUCAGUCUGACCCUUAUGUUUCCCUCCCCUUCUGGUUUUGAUCUAUGGGCUACUAUUAAAAUGAGGCUGCAUUUUAAAUUGCAUUUUAACCUGUAUUUUAAAUUGGGGGUCCCCCCCUUGUGUUUUUACUGUGAUUUUACUGGAGUUAGCCGCCCUGAGCCCAGCUCUGGUCAGGGAGGGCGGGGUAUAAAUAACAUUUAUUAUUAUUAUUAUUAUUAUUAUUAUUAUUAUUAGUUGACAAGGUUAGAGCAAAACUCCUUCACAUUUUCAGCUCUCAUUGAUUUCAAACCUAUUUCCUUUGGACACUUUUUUUUCAUUUACUAUUCUGAGUUGUCACAAGCCGAAGGAUAGCCAAUUAUUAGUAAUAGCUAUUUCUUUCCUUAUAAAUUACUUACAGUACAUCUGCGAUAGGUGAAGGUCUGUGCAUGUUUGGUAAGUCGUUCUAUAUAAACAGGCUACAAAUUUCUCUCGCCCUUCUGUUUUCAUUAGGCAGUGUCUGUGAUCAGUGAAUCAUCAGUUUUGCUGAAUUAAUCAAACAAAGUGGUUUUAAUUGGGUUUUGAAUAAAUGCGCAGCCAAUUGUUACUGUUUUGAACUGUGCUGUGUUGCUGUCUUCCUCAGCGGGUUGUGCAAACGGCUGUUCUGAACAAGGCAGUUCUGAACGAUGCAAAGUAAAAUAGUUUUUUACUUUUAAAAGACAACUGAAGGCGGCCCUGUUUAGGGAAGUUUUUAAUGUCUGAUGCUGUAUUGUUUUUAAUAUUCAGUUGGAAGCCGCCCAGAGUGGCUGGGGAAACCCAGCCAGAUGGGCGAGGUAUAAAUAAAAAUAUAUUAUUAUUAUUAUUAUUAUUAUUAUUAUUAUUAUUAGGCAGGGUAGUGGGAACUGCUCUUGGGACGCGGGUGGCGCUGUGGGUUAAACCACAGAGCCUAGGACUUGCUGAUCACAAGGUCGGCGGUUCGAAUCGCCGUUAAAGCGAGAUGAGCGCCACAACCCCAGAGUCGGCCACGACUGGACCUAAUGGUCAGUGGUCCCUUUACCUUUACCUAGUGGGAACUGGGGAUGAGUUGAUGGAACCAAGUGGGCAGGGACCAAAAAAAGUUUGGGAGCCCCUGAGCAAGAUGAACAGCUAGAUAAAGCAGCUCCCAUUUCACGUGAGCAUUUAUUGAGGCUGUUUUUCUCUCCUUUAAAAAAAAAAAAAAAAUGGAAAUUUUAUUUACAGCAUAACAUCCACCCUCAUUAAACGUGAACAUAACAUAUAAUAAGAAUAACAUACAACAAUACAAACAACCAAAUAAAAGACUUCCUUUGUCCUGUAUCUGGCCUCCCUAUUUACUUCUUAUAAGCUGUUUCCUUUAUGAGUAAUUAUUAAGAUUUUUCUAAUUAUAACUUAAAUAUCCGCAAAGUCUCCUGCAGACAUUAAUCGAGGUAUGUAUUUUAGGGCACUGUUUUGUGAAGUAUUCUCUGCAUUUCCCCCAUGCUUUUUGAAACUCUUGUCUAGUGUGAUCUCUAAUUGCCUCUGUUAAUCUAGCCAGUUCAAUAUACUCUAACAGUUUGUCUUGCCAUUCCUUUUUUGUUGGCACAAUUUCUUUUUCCCAGUUUUUAGCAGUCAGGAUCCUUGCCACUCCUGUGGCACAGAGGAAUAUUUUCUGAUCUUCUCUUGCUAUAUCUGUGUCAGUUAUCCCUAGUAGAAAACCUUCUGUAUUUUUCAUAAAGUUAUGUUGUUGUUGUUCUUUAGUCGUUUAGUCUUGUUCGACUCUUUGUGACCCCCUGGACCAGAGCACGCCAGGCACUCCUGUCUUCCACUGCCUCCUGCAGUUUGGUCAGACUCAUGUUUGUAGCUUCGAGGACACUGUCCAACCAUCUCGUCCUCUGUCGUCCCCGUCUCCUUGUGCCCUCCAUCUUUCCCAACAUCAGGAUCCUUUCCAGGGAGUCUUCUCUUCUCAUGAGGUGGCCAAAGUACUGGAGCCUCAGCUUCAGGAUCUGUCCUUCCAGUGAGCACUCAGGGCUGAUUUCCUUAAGAAUGGAUGCGUUUGAUCUUCUUGCAGUCCAUGGGACUCUCAAGAGUCUCCUCCAGCACCAGAAUUCAAAAGGAUCAAUUCUUCGGCCAUCAGCCUUCUUUAUGGUCCAUAAAGUUAUAAAGUUAUACUUAAACAUAUUUAUUUUUUAAGCUUGUCAUAUACUAUAGUACUAUAGUGGUACCUCUGGAUGUGAAUGGGAUCUGUUCCAGAGCCCCGUUCCCAUCCUGAACCGAACACAACCUGUGUCUGCGUGUGCCACAAUUCUCCACUUCCACGCAUGCGCAUGAUGUCAUUUUGAGCAUCUGCGCAUGUGCGAGCAGCAAAACCCAGAAGUAACGCGCUCUGUUACUUCCGGGUCGCCGUGGAGCGCAACCUGAAAAUAUUCAUCCCGAAGCAUAUUUAACCCAAGGUAUGACUGUAUAGUAAGGGAUGCGGGUGGCGCUGUGGGUUAAACCACAGAGCCUAGGGCUUGCCAAUCAGAAGGUCGGCGGUUCAAAUCCCCACGACAGGGUGAGCUCCCGUUGCUCAGUCCCAGCUCCUGCCAACCUAGCAGUUCGAAAGCACGUCAAAGUGCAAGUAGAUCAAUAGGUACUGCUCCGUCGGGAAGGUAAACGCCGUUUCCGUGCGCUGCUUUGGUUUGCAAGAAGCGGCUUAGUCAUGCUGGCCACAUGACCCGGAAGCUUUACGCCGGCUCCCUCGGCCAAUAAAACGAGAUGAGCGCCGCAAACCCAGAGUCGUCCAAGACUGGACCUAAUGGUCAGGGGUCCCUUUACCUUUACCUUUAUGACUGUAUAGUAUAUGAGGCUGUUUUUUUCUCAUCCUUUGUGCCUCUGCAGCUGACUCGGAAGAACUACAUCGUGAAGAACCUGAAGCGGUUUCGGAAGCAGCUGGAGAGGGACUCUGGGAAGCUGGAAGCCAUGAAGUACGACUUUUUCCCCAAGACCUUUGAGAUGCCCUCGGAGUACCACCUGUUUGUGGAGGAGUUCCGCAAGAACCCUGGAAUCACCUGGAUUAUGAAGCCGGUAAGAGGGCUGAUGGCUGAGGGGAAGCGGGACGAGGUGGCUCCACCAUUUACCGUAUUUUUCGCUCUAUAAGACGCACCAGACCACAAGACGCACCUAGUUUUGGGAGGAGGACAACAAGAAAAAAAUAUUCUGAAUCUCAGAAGCCAGAACAGCAAGAGGGAUCGCUACGCAGUGAAAGCAGCAAUCCCUCUUGCUGUUCUGGCUUCUGGGAUAGCUGUACUCCAAUUAAAAUAAAAAACUAAAAUAAAAAAGACCAAAACUAUAGUCCGAAUUAUAAUUAUUUAUUUUUCGAAGCUCCCCACGAUCUGGAUCUCUGAAGCAUAUCUCCACAUUUCAGUCCUGCCUUUCCUCAUUGUUUCCAUGUUUUCCAUAUCUCGAUUUUGACGCUUUAUAAUUCUCCGUCCCUGAGUUCACGAUUCUCAGUCAUGUCAAACAUAUACUUUCAUCUGUCGAAUACAGCUUUAUCAGUACCCUUUUUUGCUCUAUAAGACGCACCCGACCAUAAGACGCACCUAGUUUUUAGAGGAGGAAAACAAGAAAAAAAAAAUUCUGAAUCAAAUGUUGUUGAAGAGGAAGGAGGAGGGAGGAUCAGGCUAAGGCAUCACAACAAGAACCACUGCACAGCUCUCCCUCUUGCUGUUCUGGCUUCAGCAAUAGCUGCGCAGCCUGCACUCGCUCCAUAAGAUGCACACACAUUUCCUCUUACUUUUUAGGAGGAAAAAAGUGCAUCUUAUAGAGUGAAAAAUACACUAUAUAUUUUUCCUUUUUUUUUUUAAAUGAUAUUUAUUGAAAAUUUUUUAGAAUUACAAAAGAAAACAAGGUAGAAAAAGAGAAAGAAAAAACAAACCACAUCAAACAAUACAAAUUAAUCAAAAAACAAAAAUAUACCACAAACAUUUAAAAAGAAAUCCAUUAUUCUCAAAUCCUUAACUGUCAUUACCUUCUUUCUUUGACCUCCUCCUCCUCCCUUUUUUUGUAUCCUAGUUGUUAAUUGUCGCAGCAAAUCCUUUCCAUAUUUCAUAAUAUUCUGUCAUUACAUUACCUUAAUCUAUUUUAAUCUUAUCUUACUAUAGAAAACCUUAAAACCUAAAACUUAAAUCUUAUUUUUACCAACUUCUCAUAACCAUAAUAUUCUUACAUAAUUCUUUAAACAUUUUUGCUAAAGCCAAAUAAUUUCGUUCCAACAGUUUUCUAACAUUCAUCAGUUUUAUAAAACAAUCCUAAUAAUAAAAAAACAAUCCAAUCUUCAUCCAGCGUCUCUUCCUCCUGGUCCCGGGUUUGGUCAGUCCUUUUUAUCUCAUCAAUCUAGCGCAGCGCCUUUUUAUCAGCGCAGCUUCCUCUGACUCCAUUCCAAUCUGGGAUGUUGUCCAAGUCUGUUAUCUGAAGUUUAAUGGUGCAGCAACUCCCAAUCUUUAAUUGUCCAAACCGUCCUUUUGAGCUUUAUUGAACCAGUACCUUCCAAGUUAAAUUGUUAGGCAAAACUGUUUGCAAUAUUACAAUGUAGAUAAACUGUAUUCCACAAAUAUCAGUCAUUUGGCGAUUGAUCGGCCUUUGGAGACCACACUCUUUCUUCCCCCUCCGGGCCCUAGAAGGGGGGCUGCUAAACACCCAGGUGGCUCCACAAUUGCCCUGGCACAAAUUAAGAACACGCCUUCUCCAGAGGAGAUUAUGGCGGGGUCCACGGAACUGCUGCUCCCCAGCUCCAGGCAGGCAGGUGAGAAAAGGCGGCCGUGGCAGGGAAGGUUGCAGUUCAGGUGUAGAAAGCACGCUUCGCCUGGGGGGAGCCUCCGAUUUAGGGAGAGGAUCUCUGGUAAGGAGGGGCGUGUGGUGCUUAUAACAAUAUAAUAAUAAUAAUAAUUUAUUAUUUAUACCCCGCCCAUCUGGCUGGGCUUCCCCAGCCACUCUGGGCGGCUUCCAACAAAAUAUUAAAAUACAAUAAUCUAUUAAACAUUAAAUGCUUCCCUAAACAGGGCUGCCUUCAGAUGUCUUCUAAAAGUCUGAUACAGUGGUACCUCUGGUUAUGUACUUAAUUCGUUCCAGAGGUCCAUUCUUAACCUGAAACUGUUCUUAACCUGAAGCACCACUUUAGCUAAUGGGGCCUCCCGCUGCCGCCACGCUGCCGCCGCACGAUUUCUGUUCUCAUCCUGAAGCAAAGUUUUAAACCCGAGGUAUUAUUUCUGGGUUAGCGGAGUCUGUAACCUGAAGCGUAUGUAACCUGAAGCUUAUGUAACCUGAGGUGCCACUGUAGUUGUUUUUCUCUUUGACAUCUGGUGGGAGGGCGUUCCACAGGGCGGGUGCCACCACCAAGAAGGCCCUCUGCCUGGUUCCCUGUAACUUGGCUUCUCGCAGGGAGGGAACUGCCAGAAGGCCCUCGGAGCUGGACCUCAGUGUCCGGGCAGAACGAUGGGGGUGGAGACGUUCCUUCAAGUAUACUGGACCGAGGCCGUUUAGGGCUUUAAAGGUCAGCACCAACACUUUGAAUUGUGCUCGGAAACAUACUGGGAGCCAGUGUAGGUCUUUCAGGACUGGUGUUAUGUGGUCUCGGCGGCUGCUCCAAAUCAUAUGCGUCUUAAACAGGUGGGGCAGUGUUUUCAACUCUGGAUGUGUGCAAGGGAGGCGGGGUGACUUUGCUGUGUUCUCUUAGCCAGUUGUGGAGAAGGGGGGUGCAGUGGGGGCAGCCUGUCGCGGGUAUCAUCCCUGAGGGGUGUGUGUGACAAAAUCCCCCAUGGGCGGAUCGCCGCUGCACUGAUAGGGAUGCCCAUAGGAACGGGACGGUACGCACGGCGCCCAUAGGGACUGGGGGCACCGCGGGGCCUCAGCCGCCCUACAGCUACAGCUGGGGGGGGCAGCAGUGGGCGGACAGAGGACGGGCCAGGCCGUCCCUAUGGGUGCCGCGUGCCCCAUCCUGUCCCUCCCUAUGGGGGUUCACCCUGCCCCCAUGAGCAUGCCCCCCAGGUGCCUGAGAGACUCCCUCCGCCACUGCUCUUUGCUCAGGGACAUUGCACCCAAGCAGGGCCCACCCAUGCAAACCUAAUUUCUCCUAAUAUACAGUUUUGCAUGCACUAAUUUUACCCAACGUUCAGUUUUAGAAAGCAGAAAGCAAUGCGUUUUUCUAUGCUAUUUUCGCUAGUACCUCAGGUUAAGUACGUAAUUCAUUCUGGAGGUCCGUUCUUAACCUGAAACUGUUCUUAACCUGAAGCACCACUUUAGCUAAUGGGGCCUCCCGCUGCUUCUGCUUGAUUUCUGUUCUCAUUCUGAAGCAAAGUUCUUAACCCAAGGUACUAUUUCUGGGUUAGCGGAGUCUGUAACCUGAAGCGUAUGUAACCCAAGGUACCACUGUAUCUGCAUUUGUACUGGCACUUUGCCCAUGUUUUGAACGUUUGCAUGCAUUAUCCGGCACUGCAAAAUUUCGGUUCCAAGGGAUGGCUGCGUUUCGGUUUGAAUAUUUUUUCGGAAAGUGGAAACCAGGUGGGUUUUAAAUGAGAGCUGACUUGAAUUUCUCUCUCACUUUGUGUGCGUGCGCGCGUGCGCGUAGAUAUAUAUAAUAAACGAAACACUCCGAAUUUUCUUCAGUGGGUCUCUGUCGCCUUCCAUCCCCCGGAGCUCCGAUUGCCCCUUUCGGAGACCUUAAUAGAAACAAGCUUUUCCUGGAUGUAAUAAUUGAUUCUGCUCACUCGCUUCCCCAAGGGAGCAGGGGGGGCAAAUCUGCCUCUUUGGCAGGCUAGCAAAGAAGCCGAGAGGAGGCGAGGCAAGGCAUGCCGUUGCUGCCAGAUGAUGAGAGACGUUUUAGCAUCAUGAGUACGGCACCGCCGUGCAUAAUUACCUCCACACCCAUCUGCGAGGCUCGCAGUGGGGCAGGUCGUUUGCCGGCCGAUAAAAGCUGGCACCAGCCGCUUUUUGCCUCCCGCCUGCAAAUAAGGGGCAGGCCUCCGAGUGGGGGAAUGGGAGGCAAUUAUGCAAACGAGCGCGUGAAUUACUGCCAGGAGGAUAACAGCCAGCGAUUAUCUAAGUCUACAAAUGAUAAUUUGUGUUAAUUGCCAGCAAGAAACCUUGCAUUAAGCUGAUUUGGGCCCACAUCCUCAAUUAACAUUGGGGAGGGAAAAGCAGGAUACGCAGAACGAGACUGUAUUAAAAAGGUUGCAAUUACCAACGUUGCGCCGACAAGUGGAAAUACGCGGGUUGAAGAAGGCUCUGGAGGUGGAGGCAGGAGUUCAGUUCUCCUCAGGUUAAUAGAUCCGUUUUUUACUACCCUCUCCCUUUCGAAGGGGGAGAGGAAAAUUAAGUUAAAAGUCAAUAUUCGCUUAAAUACCUUGUUCACGGUGAGUAUUCUAGAAAGGACUUGGAAUAGCAGGUGAAGUUGGUGCCUUCUCAGCGGGGUUGGGUUUGAGUGGUGCCUAAUGAGAAGGACCUGGGAGUUCUGCGCUGCAAAUUCUGCGAGCUGAAACCCGGAGUUUUAUGCCUGCGAUGUAUCAAGGCGGAAUAUCUCACUGUCGCUUCGUCGUUAGAGAAUGGGAUGCAGAAGAGCAGAGCAGAUGGAGACGCAAAAGAGAGCUUUUGUAGUGUUGGCAGCCCUGGGAUCUAGGAAAGAAUUAGGCAAAGGGUCUGGAACAGGAAGAGGGUCUGGAAAAGAAGGACGGGAACAAGGAGCAGCCAACCUGCUCACUUCGCUAGCCAACCUGGUUGCUAACCCAGUGGCCUGCUGAUCCGGUGUCAGGAGCGAGCCAGCGGUAACUCACACCCUGCAAGUUGGAGUUAACUCUUAAUUAGCAAAAAUGCAAUCAACACAGGAGUGCCAGGCCUAAUGAGCAUGUCAACUCACUCCAAUAGAUCUUGCCCCCAUGAAGCAAUUGCUCAGACUGAAGGUCCCCACCUCCCCAAGUUCCCACCUCUCCAGGGUUUUCCCCAAGCAAUCUGAGACUGUGUGUGAUGGCCUGGGAAUUGGAUUCAGAGGCUGAACCUGAGGAAUCCCAGCCUGCACAGGAGUCCCUGCCUCCAGGACCAGCUGAGCCGGGGCUGGGGCUUGAACCUGAAGGGCCCUCACCUGUGCCGGAUCCUCAGGAGCAGACACCAGCUGAAUCCACUCUGGCUCCGGAGGUGAUGGAGGACCCAUUGCCUGCAGGUGCUCCACUCUCAGCCCCGUCAGGGGAAGGUGAGGUUGCCUCUGGGUCCAGUAACCCUUCAGCUUCUCCUGAGGUGCAGAGGCUCAGGGCAGAGAGGCGGAGGGAACUAAGUACCUGCAGGAGGAGUGCUCGCCUCCAGGCCAGCAGAGGCGAGUCACCUGUGGACCGGGACUGCCCUAUGCCUCAGGGCAGAUAAAAGCCAGCCAGCCCCAGUUCCAGGUUGCAGGAGCAACAUUGUUGGUAACCUGUUUCUGCCGGAACCCUGUCCUGCUCUUCUGCCAGAGUUCCUGACCACACCUGACUCCUUGCCUUGGACCCCGCUUCAGCCUUGAUGGACAGCCUCCAUACCACACCCUCAACCUCGGACUGGACUCGGACCACGCCGCACGGUAACCCCCCGGGACCAGCACACUGCGCCUGCAUGAAGCUAACUUCUCCUUCGCCCUCUUCAUGCCUCUUCUGGUUCUGGGGGCAGGGCUGUCUUAAGCACAUGCAGCGCCAGGGUGCAAAGAUCCACCCGGUGCCCCCCCAGAUUGCCCAGUCCCAGGCGCACAGGAGGGCGGAGCCGGCUGGCUGCCUCAGCGUCUUGCUGGCUCGUUCACCCCCGAACUCACGGCACAGAGCCGCCCGCAGCAGAAGAGCCCCCCACGGCACUCUGACUGACAGGUGGGCUCUUCCACGGACUCAACUCUCGGGCCCCGGACUCUUGGCCUGGCGCCCCAAGAACCUGGCGCCCGGGUGCCCCUAGCGCCUAUGGGUAAGACGGCCCUGUCUGCGAGACCGGUGGGGGGCUUGUUGCAGCAAGAGUGGGAAACACCCACCCAUGCGUCUUCACCUGCCUGACCCAUCUCUUUCUCUUGGCCUCCCUCCCACUUUAGCUUCUGCCUCUGAGUCUGGACUUCUCUCUGCCACAGACUCUCCCCGCUCACUAAGCCCUGUUGCCUCUUCAGCUUCUGACACCUCCUUCUCCCAGUCUUCUUGAGAGCCAGUGUGGUGUAGUGGUUAAGAGCGGUAGUCUUGCAAUCUGGUGAACCGGGUUCGCGUCUCUGCUCCUCCACAUGCAGCUGCUGGGUGACCUUGGGCCAGUCACACUUCUCUGAAGUCUCUCAGCCCCACUCAUCUCACAGAGUGUUUGUUGUGGGGGAGGAAGGGAAGGGAGAAUGUGAGCCGCUUUGAGCCUCCUUAGGGUAGUGAUAAAGCGGGAUAUCAAAUCCAAACUCUUCUCUUCUUCUUCUCCUUCUCGUCAUCCCACCAAGACUCCCCGGACUCUGGGCUUUCUGUCAGGAGUUCAGCCUACACUCGAGUAGGACUCUGGCAGAGACACAUGCCCUACUGGCAUGUUCUCUCCCUCCUGGUCUUUCGUUCGGGAGCUUCAAAAGCUUUCUUCAGCCCGAACAUCACGGCGACCAAUGCCAACCGACACCGGCACACUUAGGGAUCCACAGAGUUUGCGCACCUUGCGUGACAGACCUCAGCAACUCAGCAUUUUGGCUAAUCUACUUUAUUUAUAAACACACACGGAGCACUGCAACAUGGCUACCUCUCUCUCUAGCAUCAGACAUCAAAGAGAAAAAGGACAAAGGACAAAAGUCCCACUUCACAGAACACAGUAACACAAACACCCUGUUUCCGUCACUUCCCACUCUGUGGAGUCAAAACAUACACCGUCAUGUGAAAGACAACAAUCCCAUGACUGCAAUCACGGAGCAGGAAUUCUAACACUUUCUUCCCCUGGGUUUUCCCCAUCUGGUUCCUCCCACCAUUCCUCAGCAUCCAACUGGCCCAUGACAUCUGGGAUCUGUAGGAUGGGGGAGGGGGCAGAUACAAAUGCUUUGCAGGUUUUAAUAAUAAUAAUAAUAAUAAUAAUAAUAAUAAUAAUAAUAUAUUAUUUCUACCCCACCCAUCUGGCUGGGCUUCCCCAGCCACUCUGGGCGGCUUCCAACAAAAUAUUAAAAUACCGUAAUAAGGCCCGUAUAGUUAAAGCUAUGGUUUUCCCAGUACAGUGGUACCUCGGAUUACGUAUGUUUCAGGUUACAGACACUUCAGGUUACAGACUCCGCUAACCAAGAAAUAGUACCUCAGGUUAAGAACUUUGCUUCAGGAUGAGAACAGAAAUCAUGCUCCGGCGGCAGCAGGAGGCCCCAUUAGCUAAAGUGGUGCUUCAGGUUAAGAACAGUUUCAGGUUAAGAACGGAGCUCCAGAACGAAUUAAGUACUUAACCCGAGGUACCACUGUAGUGAUGUAUGGAAGUGAGAACUGGACCAUAAAGAAGGCUGAUCGCUGAAGAAUCGAUGCUUUUGAAUUCUGGUGCUGGAGGAGACUCUUGAGAGUCCCACGGACUGCAAGAAGAUCAAACCUCUCCAUUCUUAAGGAAAUCAGCCCUGAGUGCUCCCUGGAAGGACAGAUCAUGAAGCUGAGGCUCCAAUACUUUGGCCACCUCAUUAGAAGAGAAGACUUCCUGGAAAAGACCCUGAUGUUGGGAAAGAUGGAGGGCACAAGGAGAAGGGGACGACAGAGGAGGAGAUGGUGGGACAGUGUUCUCGAAGCUACCAGCAUGAGUUUGACCAAACUGCAGGAGGCAGUGGAAGACAGGAGUGCCUGGCGUGCUCUGGUCCAGGGGGUCACGAAGAGUCGGACACGACUAAACAAUACAUCAAACAUUGAAAGCUUCCCUAAACAGUAAUGAAUACUGCAGUAGAUAGCACAGUGCUCUGCAGUGACAGUCCAGCCCAGAGCGCAUGAGCCACCUUCCUUUGCCGGCUAGCACCUGUCAAUCCUCUCCCAGGCCCCCAAAGUCUGACCAUCUUGGCACGGAAGGCUCCAUGCCAUGCUCUGUUCUGAUUUAAGCAGCUGCCGCUUAAACGAGGGGUGGGAGGUGGGGAGAAUCUCAUGAAAAGAGCAGGCAGUAAAAAUAUUUCUUUCUUUGCCUUACAGAAUGUUCUGCUUGGGGGGGGGGCGGGGGAAUUAGAGGGCCUUAAAACUAGGAAGGUAAUAUACGAGACUGAGACAGGGACGUUUUAACAGCCCAAUAUCUCACUUCCUGCGAGGCUCGGAAAGCUUGCUUUAUCACCUGGGGGAGCUGGGAUUCCGGGAUUUCAGAGCUGGUUUCGAGGAGGACACGGCCCCAGAAAUCCAGGGGGGCUGUGUGUGGCUUUAGAUGAUUCCAUACACAGCCAGGGGCUCAGGUGGUAAGGAUCAGGCCGCCCACUUACAGGAUUGGCCACUGACAUGCAAGGAGCCUGAGAGUUUCAUGUACAGUGGUACCUCGGGUUACAGAUGCUUCAGGUUACAGACUCCACUAACCCAGAAAUAGUACCUCGGGUUAAGAACUUUGCUUUAGGAUAAGAACAGAAAUUGGGUGGUGAUGGCCGCUAGCUUAGAUGGCUUUAAAAUAGGAGUAGACAAAUUGAUGGGUGGCUCACAGCCAUGAUAAUAAUAAUAAUAAUAAUAAUAAUAAUAAUAAUAAUAAUAAUUUUAUUUAUGUCCCCCCCACCCCAGCCGAAGCCGGGCUCAGAGCGGCUAACAACAAUAAAAGUAACACAGCAUUCCAAAAUCAAUUCAUUCUAAAAUCAAUUCAAAAUCAAAUUAAUGGCAACCAUUGGGCUAGAGUUCUGUGAGGAUUACCAAAGGAGCGGGUCAGGCUGUGCCCUGGCCAAAGGCCUGGUGGAACAGCUCUGUCUUGCAGGCCCUGCGGAAAGAUGUCAAGUCCCGCAGGGCCCUGGUCUCUUGGGACAGAGCGUUCCACCAGUUCAGGGCCACGGCCGAAAAAGCCCUGGCUCUGGUUGAGGCCAGCCUAACCUCCCUGUGGCCUGGGACCUCCACGAUGUUUUUGUUUGAAGACCGUAAGGUCCUCCGUGGGACAUACCAGGAGAGGCGGUCCUGUAGGUACGAAGGUCCUAGGCUGUAUAGGGCUUUAAAGGUCAAUACCAGCACCUUAAACCUGAUCCUGUACUCCACCGGGAGCCAGUGCAGCUGGUAUAGCACCGGGUGAAUGUGAUCCCAUGGCAAGGAUCCUGUAAGGAGUCUCGCCGUGGCAUUCUGCACCCGCUGGAGUUUCUGGGUCAGUCUCAAGGGCAACCCCACAUAGAGCGGAACUUCAAUGUACAGAAUCAAUUCCUACCUGCAAGGUGGUUUUCUCAUCAGCAUGGACUGCAAAGGUAACUUUAGCAGCCCUUGAUUUACAACCAAAACAUCUGUGGGGGUGAAAGCAGUCCCAUUUAAAACUCCCCCCCCCCAAUACUUGCAAGAGCAAGGGAAACUUUUUUCCCUGCGCUGCUGGAGAGACAGGCUGCAUAGCAACAUGCAGAACCAUAAAGAUUUUACCAGCUCUCCUCUGGGAUGGCCGGCAUAACUCACCCGUGGCACCACCACUCAUGAGUAAUGCCACCAUCCCAAAUUUGUGCCCGUAAAACCUUUAUAUCAUGGCACACCAUCAAGCAUUCCCUUUUAUACUGCUAAAUAAAAUAGCAUCGUCAGCUUUAGAAACACAGCAGGGAGGAGGCGGUGAGCCGUUUCGCUGAGCUGCGGCUGGAAAAUUUGUGGGUGGCUGGUUUUAAGACAAACCGGGCGCCUCUUUGUAGCCUUCCUCCCAAACACCUUAAGGCUUUUCACAAUAUCUUAAUUGUUGGGGCCCACAAAGUGCCUGUUACUUGAUAAGGGACACCGGGGCCCCCUAAGCUGAAGUGUGAUUCAGGUUCUACGCUAAAACAGAAACAAACGAAAAACCUCCUGUUCAAAGGUUUCAAUUCAGUCAUGUAUAUCCACACGCUUAUUUUGCAGAAAAUAACUUUAUAGUGUUAAAUGCGUCAUUUUCUUCCACAGGCAAUGUUUGCAGUUUUUCAUGGGCAGUGUUAGCAAAGGGACCAUAGUAAUAUUUAUCAUGUCCGCAUUCCAUCUUUUCUCCAGGGAGCUCAAGACAAAAUGCAUGAGGUUAUGCCAUUUUUUCCUUAACAAGAAACCUGUAAACGUUGAGGGAUGAUGACUGGCCAGGGGUAACCCAGCAAGUGGCUUUGGAUUCUGAACUCUGAACAGCCAAGUUAGCCAAAUAAUUGUAGGAUAAAAAGAUGCAAAAUGAUCAGCUGCCAAUAUUUGCUUAAAUGGUGCAGGUUUUCAGAAUCCGUUUCCUCUUGGUACGCUGUGUGGAUUGCUUUGGAGUACAAUUUAUUAAGAAACUUGUAGUUUAAUAAUAACAAUAAUAAUAAUUAAUAAUAAUUUAUUUAUAUCCUGCCCUCCCCAGCUGAAGCCGGGCUUAGAGCGGCUAACAACAAUAAAAGUAACACAGCAUUCUAAAAUCAAAUUUAUUAUAAAAUCAGUUCAAAUCAAAUUGAUGGCAACCAUUGGGCUCGAGUUCUGUGAAGAAUUACCAAAGGAGGGGGUCAGGCUGUGCCUUGGCCAAAGGCCUGGUGGAACAGCUCUGUCUUGCAGGCCCUGCGGAAAGAUGUCAAGUCCCGCAGGGCCCUGGUCUCUUGUGACAGAGUGUUCCACCAGAUCGGGGCCACAGCCAAAAAAGCCCUGGCUCUGAUUGAGGCCAGCCUAAACUCCCUGUGGCCCUGGACCUCCAAGAUGUUUUUGUUUGAAGACCGUAAGGUCCUCCAUGGGACAUACCAGGAUAGGCAGUCCCGUAGGUACGUGGGUCCUAGGCCACAAAGGGCUUUAAAGGUUAAAACCAGCACCUUAAACCUGAUCCUGUAUUCCACCGGGAGCCUGUGCAGCUGGUAAAGCACCGGGUGAAUGUGAUCCCGUGGCCAGAACCCCGUAAGGAGUCUCGCCGCAGCAUUCUGCACCCGCUAGAGUUUCUGGGUCAGUCUCAAGGGCAGCCCCACAUAGAGCGAGUUACAGUAAUCCAGUCUGGAGGUGACCGUCACGUGGAUCACAGUGGCUAGGUCAGGGUGAGAGAGGUAAGGAGCCAACUGCUUAGCUUGGUGGAGAUGAAAAAAUGCCGCCUUUGUUAUAGCUGCAAUCUGUGCCUCCAUGGAAAGGGAAGUGUCGAAGAUUAUACCCAAACUCUUAACGGACGGUGCUGGCACUAACUGCACCCCCGCAAGAGAUGGGAGUUACCCCCUUAAUCCCAUAUUGUCCCGUCCCAGCCAGAGGACCUCUGUCUUCGAAGGAUUUAACUUCAGCCGGCUCCCACGUAACCAUCCAGCCACAGCUUCCAAGCAUCUGAUCAGUGUGUCUGGGGCCGAGUCAGGAUGGCCAUCCAUCAACAGAUAGAGUUUUAUUUCUCUGUGAAGGACAGAGUGCAAAACAGUCACGUCACAGCUUCCUUUUUUUGCAGGCCGAGAGAGAGGAAAACGCCGGGCGGGCGAAGGGCUAGUAAUGUUUUCCCUCUCUUUUGCAGGUUGCCCGGUCUCAAGGGAGAGGCAUUUUUCUCUUCCGGAAGCUCAAGGAUGUAAUUGAUUGGAGGAAGGUGAGAUGCCUCCUUCUUCUCACCUCUCAGGAAGGGAUUAGUUGGGAACAGCCUACCAUACAGUUUUGCCCGGUGAGCAGCACCUUUGCAUCAGCUGCUUAGGGGUUGGGGCCCCAUAUAUUUCUUCCUGCCCUCUACUGUUUAGGGUGGCUUGUGUAUGGAGAUCAGGGUGGCCCUGGAGGCUUCUGGCUUCUUUGAGCCCUGGGAGAUUUUCAGAUGUAACUUGGCUCACACCAGAAAAACACAAGAGCUCUGGUACGGUGAGUGGGCUGACGAUAAUACUAUUCACUCUGGACAGCACACCCAGAAUCUUACUUCGGUUUAAAACCAACCAGACAAGCAGAAUCUUCUAAUUGCCAUGAUGUGCAGCUGCACUUUGGUCCUUUUUGUUGGUUUUUGUAAUUUGCUUAAAAUAUAAAAGGAGAACUCCCUGAAUGCCUAGAUCCAGGUUUGGGGCAAAUAUUCUUUGGUGAGAGAGCUGCAGCAGAGAUUUAAAAUCGCAAGCCAUGCAGCAAAGUGAAGUGUGGAAACAUAGGCUGUUAGACCUUUAAAACAUUCCCUUGUAAGCUACUUCCAAGUUUCCCACUUCCUUCAGCAUUGAAAGAGACCAUGUUUGGUAAGUUAAAAAUGGUUGACUUACAAACUCUUUAAAGGUCAGGUUCAUGUGCUUUUCCAUACAGCAGCAAGAAAAGACAAGCAGUACAACUUAGUUUCAAAAAGUGGUAAAUGUUUCAAAAUCAUUUUUAUAGAAACACGAAGAUGGCUUACUAAAGCCACACGGUCUGAACUUGGAGCAUCCAGCUUAGACAUUCUUAUUGGUCAGGUUCAUAUGGUGGAAAAUAAGAAGAAACAUCUUUGUUUCCUGAGAAUGCCUCUAGGCAUGCCCUGAUGUAGUCUGGGGAAACAGAUGGAAGCUGAAGGUCAGGGCUUGGCGUAGCAGCACAAACUGCCUGCUUGGUAAAUAACAUUUAUUCAAAAUUAGGGAGGGUUAAGGGGGCUUUUGCUGGUGCUGAAGGAGGCGUCUAGGGGUGCCCUGGUGUGUUAGAUUGGAGCGCCCAGAUUUAGGUGUAUGGGGUCUCCCUCUUCCUCUUAUUCAGGCCAUAAAGGUAAAGGGACCCCUGACCAUUAGGUCCAGUCGUGACUGGCUCUGGGGUUGCGACACUCAUCUCACUUUACUGGCCGAGGGAGCCGGCGUACAGCUUCCGGGUCAUGUGGCCAGCAGGACUAAGCCGAUUCUGGCGAAACCAGAGCAGCGCACGGAAACGCCGUUUGCCUUCCUGCUGGAGCGGUACCUAUUUAUCUACUUGCACUUUGACAUGCUUUCGAACUGCUAGGUUGGCAGGAGCAGGGACCGAGCAACCGGAGCUCACCCCGUCGCGGGGAUUUGAACCGCCCACCUUCUAAUCGGCAAGUCCUAGGCUCUGUGGUUUAACCCACAGCGCCACCCGCGUCUCAAAUUCAGGCCAUAGCUAUCUCCGUAUUUGGCUUUUGAAACGAAUUUUCCUCCAGGUCUAGAAACCUAACAACGUUAGUUGGGAUAUACCUCCUGCUAUAUCAGAUUUACCAAAUGUGAUGUUCCCCAGAUGUUUUGGCCAACAACCCCCAUGACCCCUGACCAUCGGCCUUGCUGGCUGGAGUUGUAUUCCAAAGCAUAUUGUGGGCAGCCUGCUACUGCCAUUGUUCUUCUUAUGUUGCAUCUGUUAGUCGCUUUAUACAAAAAUGAAAUGUCAUGGGGGGAAAAUGCAAACAGAAACAAAUGGACUUUGGUGAUUCAGCUUCUGGCUCCUCUUUAUAGACCACUGAGGCCUGGAUGUCUGGGUUGACGUGUGAGAGGCAAUUUGGUCUAAAGGCCAUUCUGGUCCUUCCUGUGUCUCUGUAUUUCUCUGCUUUGUACAAUAGCAGGCAAGCAGCCCUGAGCGAAGGCAAAAACACUUCCCAUAUUUAAGGCUGAAUCUGACCUCAGGGGAAACGUCCUUCCCAGGCCCCCAGUGUACAUGCCAACCUAACCCCACAGGUAGACAAGAGCAAAGGUAAAGGUAAAGGUAAAGGGACCCCUGACCAUUAGGUCCAGUCGUGGCCGACUCUAGGGUUGCGGCGCUCAUCUCGCUUUACUGGCCGAGGGAGCCGGUGUGCAGCUUCCGGGUCAUGUGGCCAGCAGGACUAAGCCAUUUCUGGCAAACCAGAGCAGCUCACGGAAACAGCGUUUACCUUCCCGCCGGAGCGGUACCUAUUUAUCUACUUGCACUUUGACGUGCUUUCGAACUGCUAGGUUGGCAGGAGCAGGGACUGAGCAACGGGAGCUCACCCCGUCGCGGGGAUUCGAACCGCCGACCUUCUGAUAGGCAAGUCCUAGGCUCUGUGGCUUAACCCACAGGAGAAUGUUAAACAGUGCUUCCAUUCUUCCUGACCUAAGCAAGUCACCCGAUCUCCUUCACAGGACGGUGUCCGCGUGGAUGACCAGAAGGAUGAAAUUCCGGUAGAGAAUUACGUAGCGCAGCGCUACAUCGAGAACCCGUAUUUAGUCGGUGGUGAGUUGCCUGCUUAUCAGCCCAGAAUAUGUGUGCACACACAGACACACAAUCCUGCGCCUCCAUCCCAAAUUUGGAGUGAAUUUCCCUGACCGCCAGUCUCAUGAAUAAGGUGGGGCGUAUGCACACGCAGCCCCUUUCUGGGAUAGGCUGCCCAAUGGAGAUUGUAUUUCCUACAUCAAACUUAAGAUGACCAUUUGUACUAGUCUAAAUGUACAUGUGCGUAUGUCAUGAAUGGUUAGUGCCCACUCUUGCCCUCUGCAUGUAGAUCAGCAGAUAACUUGUCUCUGGGAAGUCAGAGAGAAGCUCUAAUUCCCACUAGUUCCAGCUGCCUGCAAUUGAUACUGUAUGCCCCGUCGGAGGUGAAUGAUGUUUGCGGCUCGCUCAGUAAACUAUCCGGUGAUUUGUUCUGUAGCGGAUAAGGCACUUCUAUUGUUUCUGAUUGACUUUGACUUUUCUACAAGUAUCUAUUUCUGUGGUUUUUGUUGCUUAACCGUGACAGCUAUUGGUAGCAAUUACACAGCCUUGAGCGAUAAAACCUUCAGUUUACCUUUCAGCCGCUUUGCUGAUGAGGCUAAAACAUCCCAGCAGGGCUUUGGGUUUCCAUGUUUCAAUUCUUUCAUCUAUCACCAUCAUCAUGGUCCCUUCCAACCCUAAAAUUCUAUGUAUGAUUCUAUGCUAUAAAUAUUCACACUGGUCCCGCUUUAAAAACGUUCGCUAUGAGAAAAUUCACUUAUCCAAACACAACGAGUUAGUACCCAAACCUUGCUACACACACUGCAGAUUCAGAUAAUCAAACAGAGAGCAUUUUUACUUUCUCGUUUGCCUUUUGCUGGUUGACUGAAGAACAGGGGAGGGAGGAAGUGGUGAGAGCGAUUUUUUUCUGGGUUUUCCUCUCUCUUUUUGCCCUUUGGAGGUCAACAUUCUGUGCUUGGGAACACAUUAGAAAUCUCCCCAUAGGAAUCAGUGAAAAUCCUCAACUUGUUAUGUGAACACUCACCUAACGGAUGAUAUCCAGGGAACACAUUCUGUUCUGUAAGUGGAACCUGCAUGUACAUAAUAGUCCUUACAUAAGCAAAAAAGACAGUUUGCUGCCCCAAGGUGCUUACAGUCUAAGAGUACCUCCAGACUGGGAGUACAGGUGUAUUCUGCAACAUGUCAACAAUAAGAGUGUUCUAGUGGUGGAUUUGUACCAGACCACCCACACAACCCUCUCAGUUGUCCUGCAAUGCUUCCCCAGUGCUGCUGCAUUAGUGCUGCCUGAAGGGGCACUAUUGUGAUAGUAAAGGUAAAGGGACCCCUGACCAUUAGGUCCAGUCGUGGCCGACUCUGGGGUUGCGGCGCUCAUCUCGCUUUCUUGGCCGAGGGAGCCGGUGUACAGCUUCCGGGUCAUGUGGCCAGCAUGACUAAGCUGCUUCUGGCGAACCAGAGCAGCGCACGGAAAUGCCGUUUACCUUCCCGCCGGAGUGGUACCUAUUUAUCUGCUUGCGUUUUGACAUGCUUUUGAACUGCUAGGUUGACAGGAGCAGGGACCGAACAAUGGGAGCUCACUCCGUUGCGGGGAUUCGAACCGCCGACCUUCUGAUCGGCAAGUCCUAUGCUCUGUGGUUUAACCCACAGCGCCACCCGCGUCCCAGCACAACAAAAGUGGACAACCCACCCACCCCAGAAUAUUUGUGGUAUAAAAGUUACGAGACUUCAGGAGGAAGUUACAGGGCAAGCGCUUACUAGAAGUGAAGCGCUUUGUUUGCCCCCAGAACCUUUGCAGACAUAAACAGUAUCGAACGUGGGAUGGUGUAUAACCGCCCUGAUACCGCCAGGAGCACAAAUCACCAUGAGUGUCCAAACAAAAGGAAACACAGAGGGAACUAGCACAAAUGUAAUGCCAUCCUUCAGUCCUGAGAAUGAGGUACAAAUAGCACAGGUGGGGCAGUAAUUCAUAAAGCUAUUUCUCUUGGGUUCACAGGGCGGAAGUUUGACUUGAGAGUGUACGUCCUAGUCAUGUCGGUGAGUGAACAGGCCAUCGCCCCUGCAAUGCCCAGUCCGUCCCCUAAAUUGAUGUGAUAGAUAGCCAGCUAGGAGGGACUUAUACCUGAAGGAGGGUCUCCACCCCCAUCAUUCUGCCCGGAUGCUGAGGUCCAGUGCUGAGGGCCUUUUGGCGGUUCCCUCACUUCAAGAAGCAAAGCUACAAGGAACCAGGCAGAGGGUCUUCUCAGUAGUGGCACCCACCCUGUGGAACGCCCUCCCAUCAGAUGUCAAAGAGAUAAACAACUACCUGACAUUUAGAAAACAUCUGAAGGCAGCCCUGUUCAGGGAAGUUUUUUAUGGGUGACAUUUUGAUGUGUUUUUGGUCUUUGUUGGAAGCCACCCAGAGUGGCUGGGGAAACCCAGCCAGAUGGGCAGGGUAAAGGGACCCCUGACCAUUAGGUCCAGUCUUGACUGACUCUGUGGUUGCGGCGCUCAUCUCGCUUUAUUGGCCGAGGGAGGUGGCAUACAGCUUCCGGGUCAUGUGGCCAGCAUGACUAAGCUGCUUCUGGUGAACCAGAGCAGUGCACGGAAAUGCCGUUUACCUUCCCGCCAGAGUGGUACCUAUUUAUCUACUUGCACUUUGAGGUGCUUUCGAACUGCUAGGUUGGCAGGAGCAGGGACCAAGCGACGGGAGCUCACCCCGUCGCGGGGAUUUGAACCGCUGACCUUCUGAUCGGCAAAGUCCUAGGCUCUGUGGUUUAACCCACAGCGCCACCCGCGUCCCUGCAUGGGCAGGGUACAAAUGAUAAGUUAUUGUUGUUGUUGUUGUUGCUGCUCACCACCGCUUUCUCUUCCUCCCAGUAUAUCCCACUCAAAGCCUGGCUUUACCGGGACGGCUUUGCUCGCUUCUCCAACACCCGCUUCACCCUGAACACCAUCGACGACCACUGUAUCCUGACCUGUCUGCACAUUGCAUGGGCUGCUUCAGGACGGAACAACUUUUUGUCAGCUGUUGGGGGGGGGGAGGGACGUUUGCAACAAGAUGCCCGUGUGCUUGGUGCAGGAAGACUGCAGAGCCCACUCACGCUGAGCAGGUCUGGCAGCCAAGGUUAGCAGCCUUGCCUGAAGUCCCUGGCAGACUGAGGCAGCUGCAAGCACUGAAACAGCCUUUUCUGACCAUUUUAGGACCACUGAGGACCAAAUUGUAUGUGAUGCUAAAUGCAUCACUGCAUGGGAAGCUACUUUAUAUCUGUUUCUAUAUGUUCUAUUUAUUGCGUUUAUACCCUGCCCUUUUAUGUGGGAGGAAAAUAUUAAUCCCUGUGACCCAUGUGUGUGGGGUGAAAUGGCUGGGUACCUGGAUUCAAAAUGCAGGGCUAAACUCACGCUCCAGCAGGAAUGAGACCUCACUAGCAGAGUUUAAAAACAGAAAAGUCAAGCAGCAGUAUAGCGUUUAGGAAGGCAGGUUGUUAGAAACUUUUAGUCUGCAUGCAAACAGCACCCUUCUCUUUCUACCCCUUUUGCAAUGGACAAACCACACACUGUUAAGUAAGUUUAAAAUGUUUUACUUACAAAACAUUCCAUAGGUCAGAUUCAUGCAUUUAUCCAAGGAGCAGCAAAGAGAACACAGGCAGAAUAAUCUUUGGUAGAAAAUGGAAAGAUAGUGCCAAACACGUGCUCUAAGCUUGGCGCUUGCUUAGGCAUGUCUUCCUUGGUCAGUUACAUGAUGCAGAGAGAGUGAGGGAACAGGAAGAGAAGGCUUCACUUCCUCCCUCCUUGGAGAUGAGUGGGCGUGACCUACGUAACUGAGUCUAGGAAUUUAACUCUGUGAUCUUAACCCAUUCAGUCCCUAAGACUGGAUCUACACGCAAGAAAAACCCGCUAUAAAUAAGUCAUAAAUUAAAUUGUUAUAACGGAAGAAAAAACUGUAUGUAAAAUCACAUAGGCAAAGUUUUGUGCUCUACAUCGCCAUCUGGUGUCGCAUGUGUAUAACGAAGUUAUAGCGUUGCAACAUGGCUGAUGUAGCUGAGUCCUAACUUUUCCUCUAAGGAGUUCAAGGUGGCAUGCAUGGUGCUCCCCCUCCCCAUUUAAUCCCCAUGGCAACCCCAUGGGCGGGAGGAUAGAUGAACUGAGUAGCCUGGGCAAAGGGAAACCGUUUUGGGAGCCGGGUUCAUAUUUUGGAUUCAGGGAGCAUCUCUUUCCUUUCAUAUCAUCCUUACCUCCCGCCUCCUGCCAGAUGUUCACCUGACAAAUGUAGCUGUGCAGAAGACAGCCCCUGACUACGACCCCGAAAAGGUGAGCAAUGAGGGCCCAGCGACCCAGGUACACAAACCCUUCUGUUUCAGGGGCCGGGGUGGUUUGGCUGGGGGCUGGGCGAGGCCACACUUAAAAUCCUCAGCCAAGGAGUGGCUGUAGCAGGAAGACCAAUGGGUUAAGAGUCAAGAUAGAUGCAACAUUUUAACUGUAGCCCCUUUGAGCUCUGCAUUUUGGGGGUGCCACUUCACCCUUUUUACAACUUGCCCUGCACAUAGGUAAAGGUAAAGGGGCUCCUGACCAUUAGGUCCAGUUGUGGACGACUCUGGGGUUGCGGCACUCAUCUCGCUUUACUGGCCGAGGGAGCCGGCGUACAGCUUCUGGGUCAUGUGGCCAGCAUGACUAAGCCACUUCUGGCAAACUAGAGCAGCGCAUGGAAACGCCGUUUACUUUCCCACGGGAGCGGUACCUAUUUAUCUACUUGCACUUUGACGUGCUUUUGAACUGCUAGGUGGGCAGGAGCAGGGACCGAACAACGGGAGCUCUCCCCGUCGUGGGGAUUCGAACCGCCGACCUUCUGAUCGGCAAGUCCUAGGCUCUGUGGUUUAACCCACAGUGCCACCCAUGUCCCUGCACAUACAGUAAGCCAAAUGCAAGGUUUGGCCUCGAUUCUUUCCCCUCCUUUCGCUAUCAGGUGGGCUGUUCAAAAGUGGCACAUGCACAUUUAAAGUGAUGUGUAUGUCUGCCAGCUCUGCUUUUUUAAAAAGCUUCAGGGAUUUAAAAACAAUUGCAAAACUCCUCUGGAAACCAGGCAAGGAAAGAAAGUGUGUGGGUAACAUGAACUUUGCCCAACUAAAACUGAAUCAGUCCAAGUUACUUCAAAAUGAAUUGAGGGUGGGGUUCACUCCAGGGGAGGUACAUUGGGCACUUUGAAACCACCUCCGUCUUCACCCCUGGGCUCUCAGUUAUGGCUGGGGGAACUGGAAACCUCAAGGGCUGCCUCUUUUCAUAUGAACUUACCCAGAACCUGAGAUCAUCUUCUGAGACCCUCCUUUCAUGUGCCUCCUCCUCAAGAGGUCUGGAGGGUGGCAACACGAGAACGGGGCCUCCUCUGCAGUGGCUCCCCAUCUGUCGAAUGCUCUCCCCAGGUGUAUAAUGAAGGCACCAGGCACCAAUACAUCGAUCUAUUGCCCAAAACCAGUUUGAAGUCCAUUUCAUGAAAUCAGUUUCAUACUUUUUGACCUGGCAAUAUAUUUUGAAUCCGUGCAAAAAUCACUGUGGGGGAAAAAACACGUGAAGCCAGCCAGUGCCUCUACACAGCUCCCUCCCUAUUUCAGACAUCAUGAUAUCGCAAUGUUUAGCUGCUGAUAGAUAUAUCGCGAUGUUGAAAACCAGAGGUUGCCCAGCCCUACGCAAGGGCUAGUUGAAGAGGCCUGGGGAGCCACACUCUGCUUCUGGGCCUGAGGUUCCCCACUCUGAGCGCAAUACUUUAGGUGCAGGGAGUGCCUCAGUACUGUGCUGUUCCUGUAAGGUACUUGACAUUGCUGCCGUCCCACCAGCUGCUGGGCUACCAGCCUCAUGGAAACAUUCUUGUGAUAUAAAUGGAGUACCCCAUCUGUUUAAAAAAACCAACAACGCUAGAUGUCGAGUUGGGUUUUUAUAAGCAGCUGCCACUGCCGCUCUUGGUUGUUUUGGCCUGUGUCCAGUCUAUCGAUCCUGUUUAGGGCUCGCCCUUUUUCCACAGAGCUCAGAGCGACUGUUGAUCUCUUUUGGUCUCUUAGCAAUCUUGAGAGGUAGAGUAAACUGAGAGGCGGGGGACGAGUGGGGAUUUGAACCCGAGUCUCCCCAGCCCAAACCCACCUCUCUGUGCCCCUCUUUGUUGGCAGUCAGUAGAAAUUGCACAAAACAAAUGAAAUACCAUGAAAAUCCCUGAAACGAGAACUAAUUGACUAGAAAUAUUAUCUUAUGAAAAUAAACUCAAUAAUAAAAAUCAAAGAGUUUAAGGAAAAAAUUAGAAAAACCUCAAAUUGAAUGAAGCCUUAAUGGGAUGCCAGCUACAAACAUCGUUUCACUGAACUAUUCAGUUUCCUCAGGAGGAAAUAGAAAAAUCAUGAACCUUAAAUGACCAAAAUUCACAGGAAGGGGGUAGAACUCCCAAAAAUUCUGAAAUAUUUAUAAUCCUGGGCCGACCUAGGUGAAGCAAAGCGUAGCAAUAAAGGACUGAGGACUCAAAGGUACAAUUUCUAAUAUUGAAUUUACAAAAAAGGUUUGGAAACCCAAGUGGCAAGUUUUAAACAAAGCCAAUUUAGAGGAAGCAAAGCACAGUAGUAAAGAGUUGGGGACUCAGCUGUGAAAAUUCUAGUGUUGCCUUUACGAAAAGGUUUAAAAAACCUAAAUGGCACAAAUUCAAAGAAAGGAAUACAAGAUAAGCUGUUUUAGAUUUUUUCCCCUUAAGCUCUUUGAUUUUUAUUAUUUAGUUUAUUUUCAUAAGAUAAUAUUUCUAGCGGAUUACUUCUCGUUUCAGGGAUUUUCACGGUACAGUGGUACCUCGGGUUACAGACGCUUCAGGUUACAUACGCUUCAGGUUACAGACUCCACUAACCCAGAAAUAGUGCUUCAGGUUAAGAACUUUGCUUCAGGAUGAGAACAGAAAUCGGGCUCCGGCGGUGCGGCAGCAGCAGCAGCAGCAGGAGGCCCUAUUAGCUAAAGUGGUGCUUCGGGUUAAGAACAGUUUCAGGUUAAGUACGGACCUCUGGAACAAAUUAAGUACUUAACCCGAGGUACCACUGUAUUUCACUUGUUUUGUGCAACCUCUUUGUCGGCAGGGCUGCAAGUGGAUGAUCCAGAAGUUCCGCCUCUACCUGACGGCCAAGCACGGGGCGGAAGCUGUGGAGAACCUCUUUGCUGAGAUGGACAACAUUUUCAUUAAGAGCCUGCAGAGCGUCCAGAAAGUCAUCAUCAGCGACAAGCACUGCUUUGAGCUCUACGGCUACGAUAUCCUGAUCGACCAAGACCUCAAGCCGUAAGGGGGGGAGAGGGUCAGAGGAUACUCCCAAGGGAAGGGAGGUAUCUCAGUUGCUCUGGAUCAGAAGAGGAAGAGGAGGAAGAGGAGAGACAGCAGGAACUGGAAGGGCUUGCUGGGCAGCAGACAGUUCAAGGGAAGGAAAGAAAGAUUGCAAGGAGAUUUUUUUUAAGGGUUCAUAGGUAUCUCGCCUGCUCCCAAUAUCCAGUUAUGUGGCUCUUUCCAGUAUCACACAACAGGGCCGCCACAUAGUGGAUUCAGAUAACCAGAGUGGAAGGAUGGUGAAGAGCAGCCUUCUCCGACUUGGUGCCCUCCAGAUGUUCUUGACUACAACUCCCAUCAUGUCUGACCAUUUGCUGCACUGGCUGCUGGGAGCUGGGAGUCCCGACUGUUAAUGGAGAAAUCUGAGGGCUCCCUUGGACAAAAAACAAGGAUACCAGCCAGGAAUACCAGAGCAAAACAGCAGCCAGUAGGCUUGGUCUUUAUUGAAGACUGUCCUCCCACCUGCCUCAAGGUGGAACAAGAUGGAAGCCCCAAACAAAAGAGCCCCCAAACUUUUAUUAGCUGCUAAUCCCCAUGUUACACCCCCCCAAACUACAUCACUAAUACGUCAUGGUUACAUCAUGAAAGGGGAGGUCUGGUGGCAGUAAUCUGAGCAUCCUGGACCCUGCCCCAUGGUUCUCCUUGCCCUCCACCAAACACCCAUCAAGUGGAACAAAAGAGAUAUUUACAUUUCCCUGUUUCCCAGCCACGUUAAUGACACCCUUUUGUCUUCAUCUGGGUUUGUUCUUUCUGGAAUGGCUACCUGUCUGGCACUCAGGUACCAGGAUGCCAGGGAUUAUCACUCAGGCAGAGGGGCUGCUGAGUAGCUGAGCUCACAUCUAUAUGAAUUUCUGAAGUUUCUCCAGUGAGCCAGUACCGUAUUUUUCGCCCUAUAGGGCGCACCGGCCCAUAGGGUGCACUUAUUUUUUGGGGGGGGGGAAUAAAGAAUCCCCCCCCCCGAGCAUGCCGGGCUGGGAGCGGGGGAAGCCUGAGCUUCCCCUGACCCCAGUCCCCAGAAUGGGUCCGGGAGCAACAGCGAGGUUGCAUUCAACCUCGCCAUCGCUUCCAGAGCUUGCCGGGCUGGGGGCGGGGAAAGCCCGAGCUUCCUCCGGCCCCAGCCCCCAGAACGGGUCCGGGAAUGAUGGCGAGGUUGCGCUCAACCUCGCCAUCGCUCCCGGAGCUUGCUGCUAUCCGAAGCCCGGGGAGCGCGGCGCUGUAGCCCGCUGCGCACCCCGGGUUUAGGGCAGCCAUCCACAAGCCUGCGGUGCCCGGCAGAAAAUCCCGCCGGGCGCCACAGGCUUGCGGAUAGCUGCCCUAAGCCCGGGGUGCACAGUGCCACACUCCCCGGGCUUCGGGCUGCAGGCAGCUAUCCACAAGCCUUCCGACCCCUCUCGCUCUCCAGGCUUCAGUGAAAGCCUGCAUUCGCCCCAUAGGACGCACACACAUUUCCCCUUCAUUUUUGGAGGGGAAAAAGUGUGUCCUAUAGGGCGAAAAAUACGGUACAUAGAGACAUUGAUCAGUGAAUUCUUAUAUUUGGUAUCAUGCAGAAAAGGCCCUUUGAAUAGAUAGGAAUAAACUGUGAUGAAGUGUUUUGUGGGGACAAAUCACAAAAGUCACAAAAGUGAUUGUGCUGGUUUUGGUAGUGGGCUGCAUGUGCAUGAUAUUUGCUAGAGGGGCAACCCCCCCAACCUAUACAUAAAUUCCUGCAACACGACAACAUUUGGAGGGCACCAAGUUGGGGAAGGCUGAUUUAGAGCAUGUCUUUGCCUACAGAGUUUUCAGCACAAUCCUAUCCAUGCCUACUCAGAAGGAAGUCCCUAUGGGUUUCGCAGGGGGGGGGGAGUUCCCCCACGUAGGUGGAUAUUGAAUUAUGGCCGUUGGCUGUCUUAACUGCUGUAUUCCGAGGGGAAAGCGUAGAUCCGUAGGGAAUAGGACUCUUUAACCGAAUUCUCAGUUUUCUCACAAUGCAGUAAGUCUCGGGGGGUUGGGGAAAUUGAAACUGGUUUAAAUCCAAUUUUCGUUUGCAGGGGCAAAUGUCGUUGGAGGGGAACCUUUGCUUCUUGCCAUUCCCUUUCAUUGUCCAAAGGGAGAAGAGGUCAGCAAGGCAGGAUUGUGCCUUUUCUCGCCGUUCUAGCCUCCAGCCAUCCUCUCGCCUGCCCAGCCAUGUUUCCCCUCCGCCCUUGGCAAGGAAAUCUGGCACAAUCAAUUUCAGACCUGCCACUCUCCUUUCGAGCUCUGCCCUCUUGGCCUUGCCCCCCUUCCCUCCCUCUGCUGUGGCUGCUGGUUCAAUUAGCGCCUCGGUGGCUUGUCAGCAUUGCUCCGGUGCCUCUGCCACAACCCUGGGGACAGCUUUAUUUAAAAGGAGCCGAUAAGCAGACGCCAGGCAGCCACCGUCUGGAGCAGCGACUCUGCAUUGUCUGACGCACUCCGAGGAACAUGGAGCCUGCCUCCCUCGGCACUCGACAGAGACUGAGUAGCAAACCCCGGGGCCUUGCAGUUAGAGGACUUUAGCCCAGCUUCUUUGCAUUAUUCAGCUGGCUCUUCCCAGAGCCUUUGGGUGGGAAUUUGCACCCAGGUCUUCAAAAGUCUGGGGCAGUCUGGGGCAGAUUGCUUACCUGGGAAGGUAGCCCAUCUAGGAGAAGGAAGACUCUGGUCCUAAACCUCCCAGGAUUCACUGAGAAUGGGAAUAAUAAUAAUAAUAAUAAUAAUAAUAAUAAUAAUAAUAAUAAUUUAUUAUUUAUACCCCGUCCAUCUGGCUGGGUUUCCCCAGCCACUCUGGGCGGCUUCCAACAGAACACUAAAAUACAAUAACCUAUUAAACUUUAAAAGCUUCCCUGAACAGGGCUGCCUUCAGAUGUCUUCUAAAAGUUUGGUAGUUUUUCUCUUUGACAGCUGGUGGGAGGGCGUUCCAUGCCAGGGUAGCUCUGUUUUGGGAAGUUUUUAACGUUUGACGCUUUAUUGUGCUUUUAAUACAGUCAUACCUUGUGUUGCGUUUGCUUCGUGAUACUUUUUUUAGGUUGCGUCCCGCGGCGACCCGGAAGUACCGGAAAGGGUUACUUCUGGGUUUCGCAGCUUGCGCAGGCGCGCAAAAUGACAUCACGCAGUUGCGGGUUGCGUUCUGCUCAUGUUGCAAAUUGGACUCCGGAACGGAUCCCAUUCGCAACCAGAGGUACCACUGUGUUGUGUUGGGAGCCGCCCAGAGUGGCUGGGGAAACCCAGCCAGAUGGGCGGGGUAUAAAUAUUAUUAUUAUUAUUAUUAUUAUUAUUAUUAUUAUUAUUACUGCUGCUCCUCCCCUAGACCAAGUAAAACAAUAGAAAUACUUAACCAACUGACCAAUCAGGUCAGUCCUGCCCCCCUAAAAAAAGUCCCCCCCCAAAAAUAUCCUGACUAUGCCCAUGGUUCAAUGACACCUUGCUGCAAUUGCAGCCAGGCUGGUGCCAGAUGUAUUGCAUCAGCGAGGCUGAGAGGGGAGACCAGAACCCCCAUAUAUACCCUGACCAGGCUUGCACCCAGGAGAGGAGGUGUACUUCCUUGCCUCUCUAGAGAGAUGGGUGCCAGCCACCUUCCAAAGACAGUUAGCUUAGACUAGGGAACGGAACCCAGGGCAAGUCAACUGGGAUAGGGCAGCCUUCACUAACCUGGUACCACCCAGAUGUUUCGGACUGCCACUGAUGGGCUGUAGUCCAAAACAUCUGGAGGGCACCAGGUUGGCAAAGGCUGGGAUAGGUUCUGGCUUGGAUCUUACUGCAGCUCGUAGAGUUGCGCGGGACAGAAUAUUCCUCCACUUAAGGCAUUGACCUCAAGGAUGGACAGAAGCGGGAAGAGAUAUGGCGGGCAAUGGAAGAUGGAGAAGCCAACGGAGGAGAGCGUGCCAGUCGUUUCUGCCCAUCUCGACAGCAUGUACAUUGUGCCCACUGUAGUAUGAGAGUCAGCGUGGUGUAGUGGUUAGGAGUGGUGGACUCGUAAUCUGGUGAACCGGGUUUGCUUCCCCGCUCCGCCACAUGCAGCUGCUGGGUGACCUUGAGCCAGUCACACUUCUCUGAAGUCUCUCAGCCUCACUCACCUCACAUAUAAUAAUAAUAGUAAUAGUAAUAAUAAUAAUAGUAAUAAUAAUAAUAAUUUAUUUGUACCAUUGUUUCCUAUUGUUUCCCCAGCCACUCUAGGCGACUUCCAGCAAAGAUAAAAAAAUACAUUAAAAUGUCACACAUUAAAAUCUUCCCUAAACAGGGCUGUCUUCAGAUGUAUUCUCAAUGUCAGGUAGUUGCUUAUCUCUUUGACAUCUGAUGGGAAGGCGUUCCACAGGGCGGGCGCCACCACCGAGAAGGCCCUCUGCUGGUUCCCUGUAACUUGGCUUCUCGCAGCGAGGGAACCGCCAGAAGGCCCUCGGCACUGGACCUCAGCAUCCGGGCAGAACGAUGGGGGUGGAGACGCUCCUUCAGGUAUAGUGUUUGCUGUGGGGGAGGAAGGGAAAGGAGAUUGUUAGCCACUUUGAGACUCCUUAAGGGGAGUGAAAGGCGGGAUAUCAAGUCCAAACUCUUCUCUUCUUCUUCUAUGACCAAGCAGAAGAAUCCAGGGAGGGUCUAUGGAGGUUAGAAGGGGCUGAAUUCUCAGUAGUCCCAUUCAGUCCUAUGGGAUGAAGCAGUUGGCAAGGUUGUUGGGGAAAGCCCCAAACUUGCGUCCCCUACAAGCCACUGAUGCCACAAAUAGGACAGCCUGGUAGCGUGCUCAGAUACACCCCUUUAAUUUCCUCACCCAUAGGGACACUUCCUCAAAGACAGCAGGCUGGCCGACGAAUGAAGCAGGAUUCUGCAUGCUUCAUCUAAUAAGAAUAAGAAUAAGAAUAAGAAUAAGAAUAAGAAUAAGAAUAAUAAAAAAAUAAUUUUAUUUAUACCCCGCCCUCCCCAGCCAAGGCCAGGCUCAGGGCGGCUAACAAGCAAUAAAAUAACAAGAUUAAAAUACAACACUGAAACAUUGAAACAUUAAAAUGCAGCCUCGUCACAGGAGGAGAAAGGAAUGCACCUCUCGCACCCGUAUCAACCAGUCAGCCUCCACAGGGCAGUUUUGCAUCGGUGAACCGCCUCCCCUUCACCAAACCGCACGGAUCCACGAUGAAAAGACAAGCCACAAGCCCGAUCUCCUUAGCUCCGGGUGCGUUAAGCACACAAAGAAGAAGAAGAAGAAGAGUUUGGAUUUGAUAUCCUGCUUUAUCACUACCCGAAGGAGUCUCAAAGCGGCUAACAUUCUCCUUUUCCCUUCCUCCCCCACAACAAACACUCUGUGAGGUGAGUGAGGCUGAGAGACUUCAGAGAAAGGUGACUAGACCAAGAUCACCCAGCAGCUGCAUGUGGAGGAACAGGGAAUCAAACCCGGUUCACCAGAUUACGAGUCUAUCGCUCUUAACCACUACACCACAAUGGCUCUCAGCCCCUUCCAGCCCCCAUUGCUCUCUUUUGCUGUCCUUGGCAGGUGGCUUCUCGAAGUUAAUGCUUCCCCCUCCCUCACGGCCAGCAGCCAGGAGGACUAUGAACUCAAGACCCAUCUUCUGGAGGACACCCUGAACAUAGUGGACAUGGAGGGCAGGUGAGUAGAGCACUUAGCGUGUGUGCCUCGUGCCUGUCAUUUCAGUUGGCUCUGUUGUUGUUUAGUCGAUUAGUCAUGCCCGCCUCUUCGUGACCCCCUGGACCAGAGCACGCCAGGCACUCCUGUCUUCCACUGCCUCCCGCAGUUUGGUCAAACUCAUGCUGGUAGCUUUGAGAACACUGUCCCACCAUCUUGUCCUCUGUCGUCCCCUUCUCCUUGUGCCCUCCAUCUUUCCCAACAUCAGGGUCUUUUCCAGGGAGUCUUCUCUUCUCAUGAGGUGGCCAAAGUAUUGGAGCAUCAGCUUCAGGCAGGAUCUGUCCUUCCAGUGAGCACUCAGGGCCGAUUUCCUUCAGAAUGGAUAGGUUUGAUCUUCUCGCAGUCCAUGGGAUUCUCAGUUGGCUCUACUAAUCUUUAUAGUGUGCCUUCCGCACUGUCGAUCCCCCUGAGGGUGCAGCAGGAGUCUUUGCCCUAUGGAAAUAAGCAACAAGACAUGUGCACUGCUUAUGACUCCCACAGUUUUCCUGCAUUCUCAAGUGCUGCAACCCUUAAUCUUAUGCAGUGCACCAAAGCCAAGUGCAAGUUCAUGGGAGAUGUUUCAAACCACUUGUUUUCCUGUGCUGACCAUCUUUCUGCAAAACCACCCAGUCCUCCUCGGUCUCUCCAACCUCCUUUUGCAGGAACUUCUUCCUGGAUUCCUCUUGAAGCAAAGCUUAUUUGUUUUUAAAUAACUUUUAUUAUUAUUAAUUGACAUCCAUACACAAUCUUAGGUACAUGUACAGCCUUAAAUAAUUAUACCAUUAAAUGUUGAUUUAAACUUGUAUUUGUACAUGCUCUUUUCUUAUAAUUUCUAACGAAACAAAAAUAAACCAAAAUAAAAAUCCAGUAAACUAAAUUAUAUGAAAACAGACUUCCCGUCAUUUCCCGAUAUAAAUUACAUUUACAACAUUGAAUGUAGUUAUACUACUUACCUUACUCUUACUAUAGUUUCUAGUACUCUCUUAUAACAUACCAUACCAUUUUCCCUUGCUUAGUAGUAUUUAAGUUACACAAGGGUCAUUCAAACUCUGCCAGUUAUGUCGUUGUUAUAUUUUUGUAGGUAUUUCUUAAACAUAUCCCAUUUUUGCGUGAAUGAUUGUUCUGUAUUUCCCCUUAAUCUAUCUGUCAAUUGAGCCAAUUCUGCAUAGUCUAAUAACUUAUUCUGCCAUUCCCUUACUAUUGGUACUUUUCCCCCUUUCCAGUUCGAUGCAAUUAAUAACCGGGCAGCCGAAGCAAAGUUUAUUUCUGUUCCUAAUCCACUCCCUUUAAAAGACUCGGGGCAAUUAAGGAAGAUGAUAUAUGCCAACACACCUUGCCAGGAAAGCGCUGGGUCAAUAAACCAGGUGGAUCGCUCUGUUGUAGGGUGAUCAUCAGAAAGUUUUCUGAAUUCUCAAUGGCAUGCAGCCCUUGUACAGGAGACGGAUAAGCGCUAAACUCACCUCUGUCCUCCCAAGCUGCCAUCUCGACACCCCUCCAAGGUUGGAGCUUGGAUGAGCAAAUCCAUCCCAGGAAGGGAGAUGCAGAGCAAAGGAUACAGGCCUACCCUUGACUCUCAAGCCUUUGCUCCUACAGGCUGACGGGGAAGGAGAAGCGUGUUGGAGGCUUUGACCUAAUCUGGAACGACGGUCCCGUCAGCAGAGAAGAUGGGAAUCUGGACACACCCAUGAACGGCUUUGUUGCAAACACCCACCUAGGUAUUCAGCCGAGUGGCUCUUAGGAGACAUAGGCAGGGUGGGGGCUGCAGGCGUUGCUGUUUCCCCACCCCCAGAUGUGUCAAACCCAUCUCGGCACUGGAGAGCGUUGGCUGGGAUCAUAGUAAUAAUAAUAAUAAUAAUAAUAAUAAUAAUAAUUUAUUAUUUAUGCCCCGCCCAUCUGGCUGAGUUUCCCCAGCCACUCUGGGCGGCUUCCAACAACGUACUAAAAUACAGUAGUCUUUUAAACAUUAAAAGCUUCCCUAAACAGGGCUGCCUUCAGAUGUCUUCUAAAAGUCUGGUAGUUGUUGUUCUCUUUGACAUCUGGUGGGAGGGUGUUCCACAGGGCAAGUGCCACCACCGAGAACGCCCUCUGCCUGGUUCCCUGUAACUUGGCUUCUCACAGUGAGGGAACCGCCAGAAGGCCCUUGGAGCUGGGCCUCAGUGUCCAGGCAGAACAAUGGGGGUGGAGACGCUCCUUCAGGUAUAUUGGACCGAGGCCAUUUAGGGCUUUAAAGGUCAACACCAACACUUUGAAUUGUGCUCAGAAAUGUACUGGGAGCCAAUGUAGGUUUUUCAAGACCGGUGCUAUGUGGUCUUGGUGGCCGCUCCCAGUCACCAGUCUAGCUGCUGCAUUCUGAAUUAGUUGUAGUUUCCGGGUCACCUUCAAAGGUAGCCCCACGUAGAGUGCAUUGCAGUAGUCCAAGCGGGCGAUAACUAGAGCAUGUACCACUCUGGUGAGACAGUCCGCAGGCAGGGAGGGUCUCAGCCUGUGUGCCAGAUGGAGCUGGUAAACAGCUGCCCUGGACACAGAAUUGACCUGCACCUCCAUAGACAGCUGUGAGUCCAGUAUGACUCCCAGGCUGCGCACCUGGUCCUUCAGGGGCACAGUUACCCCAUUCAGGACCAGAGAGUCCUCCACACCAGCCUGCCUCCUGUCCCCCCAAAACAGUACUUCUGUCUUGUUAGGAUUCAACCUCAAACUGUUAGCCACCAUCCAUCCUCCAACCGCCUCCAGACACUCACACAGGACCUUCACCGCCUUCACUGGUUCUGAUUUGAAAGAGAGGUAGAGCUGAGUAUCAUCUGCAUACUGAUGAACACCCAGCCGAAACCCCCUGAUGAUCUCUCGCAGCGGCUGCAUGUAGAUGUUGAAAAGCAUGGGGGAGAGGACAGAACCCUGAGGCAUAGAAUCAUAGAGCAAGUGAGUUUUCUCAUGGUCCCUUACCUGGGGUCACCUAGUCCCACUGCCUGCAAUGCAGGAAUCUCAGCUAAAGCAUCCAUGACAAAUGACCAACCUCUACUUAAAAGCCUCCAAGGAGAGUCCACAACAUCCGAGGGAAACGGUUCCACUGUCAAACAGCUCCUACAGUCAGAAAGAUUCCCUGAUGUUUAGUCAGAAUCUCCUUUCUUGUACAGUGGUACCUCGGGAUGCGAACGGGAUCUGUUCCGGAGCCCCGUUCGCAUCCUGAAUGGAACGUAAGACGCGACGGCGUGUCUGCACGUAUGCGGGUCGCGUUUUACCGCUUCCGUGCAUGCGUGUGACAUCCUUUUGAGCGUCUGUGCAUGCGGCGAAAGCCAGAAGUAACGCGCUCCAUUACUUCUGGGUUGCCGUGAAGCGCAACCCGAAAGCGCUCAACCUGAAGCACAUUCAACUCGAGGUAUGACUGUAACUUGAAUCCAUUGGUUCAAGUCCAGAGCAGGAAUUAUGGGAAUAGAUCUUGACAGGUUAAUUCAGGGUAGUUGUUUCUGAAUCAGCGUAGCUGUUUUAAGUUGCUGCUGGCGAUUCAUUCCAUAUUCUUGGAGAUGAUACUGAUAUUAUCAUACUUCUUUUUUUAAAAUCCCUUAUGCGUUGCUGCUUUAAGCCACCGCAACCCCCUCAACUUCACCACCCAUUUCACUUGAAUAGCUUCCCAAAAGGCACACAGUACAGAUUAUCACAGUGUUGUGGUCCGUUCUUUGCUUGAUGCUGACUUGAGGAGACUCGGCUCUCUCUUCCCACCUCCAACUCCAUCAGUCUCAGCGCCUAUCACAGGCUGUCAGGUAGUACUAAGGGGGGGGGGCGAGAAGCUCCUGCAGCGUUUCCUGGGGGCACACUUUCAAACUGACUGAACCACAGCUCAGCCAGAGAGGCAGAUUAUCUCCUCGCUCCGUGGAGGGGACAAGUCACAUGUAACACCUUGUUAUCGCUUUCAUUUCAGGCUACAACAAUGACAGGAAGAAACAGCUGAGGCAGCUUUUCAAGUCUUUUCAGACGCAGCAGAAAGUUUAAACAUUGCAGCGGAGAAAUGGUCAGAUGUCGGAGUGUGUGUGUGUGUGUGUGUGUCCGGGCUCUGGAGUUGAAGUGAGGUCCUUGACGGCUUUGCUGCCUCAGUUAUGUGUCCGCAGGGAUUUCCUCCACUUUGGGGAGCUUCAGAUGCGCUGUUGAGAAGAUUCCCUUUCCCGGCAGGCUGACCAAGCACUGGACACAGAACAGCUUUUAACCUUGGCAUGUUGCAAAAGUCGGGUCUAUUGCACCGUGUUUUGGGGCAGGAAGAUGGUGCACUACUCACCUGCCCAGGUGCAAGCAGUGCUUAACAUGGACAGCAUCCGUGGGGGCGACAGCCAGGGGAGGAAUACAAUUGUUGCUCCGCCAACUGAUUGCAGCAAAUCAACUGGCACCUUCCACAUGCAAGGCUGAAAAGAGUGAUGCGUCCCACCCAAAGACCCACUGCCUUGACUAAAAUGCAUUGCAGCAAGCAUGAAUAAAAAUUAAUGCCUUAGUACUCCUAAGGACCCAGAAA